AUGAUGACAUCUCUGAAGUUCGUCCUCUAUGUAACAUGUUUGAUCCUGGGAGAAAUUUGUAAGUCAUGUUAGUAUUUCACCUUGUUUCUUUGACUUUAUUAUUCUGUAUUUUCACUUUAACUUAAACUUUUUUGACUGUUUCUGAGGUGAAGUUUACUUUGACACUAAGAAUAUCAGGAUUUGCAUUGUCUCUCAUUCACUUUAGCUCAGACAGCUGCUGUGAAACCGUCUCCAUCUGUCCAUCAAGAGAGCCGGGAAACUGGAGAGACGCUGACUUUACCAUGUGCUUAUAAGGAAGAUACUGUUACACAGGUGUACUGGUUUAAACACAGUCUGGGAGAGAAACUAAAGCUCAUGACAUCCAGACAAAAAUAUGCACCUGGCGAUAGUUUUCAAGGUGAAUUCAAGAACAAUCCUCGCUUCUCACUGGAGACUCAAAAUAGCAGGAACAAUUUGAUAAUUUCAGAUUUGCAAAGGUCAGACUCAGCAACUUAUUCUUGCGUGAGCUGCCGUUACUGCAUGAUAGAAAUUUUAGCAACCAUCCUAGUUAGUGUGAAGAACUCACAUUUGAACAUCCCAGCCCUCAUUCAUCAGUCCAGAUCUGAGACCAUCCAGCAUGUGGGAUCUGUGACUCUGAACUGUACAGUCAAAGCUGAGACCUGUGAUGGAGGACACAGUGUUUACUGGUUCAAAAACUCUGAAGAGUCUCAACCAGGACUCCUUUACACCAAUGGAGGCAGAAAUGAGCAGUGUGUGAGAGAACCAGACUCACAAACACGCACCUGUGAAUACAGUUUACCAUUGAAGAACCUGAAUGUGUCUGAUGCUGGGACCUACUACUGUGCUGUCAUCUCAUGUGGACACAUACUGUUUGGAAACGGGACCAAAUUGGACUUUAAAGGUGAGUCUCUGUACUACUAAAGUUAUACUCAUGGAUUGUUAAAUCAAAUUUAAUACAAACAGAGAAAAAAAAUCUCUGAGCUCUGCAUCCAAUAUAUUGACUCUCUAUCCACAGACAGAGAGAUCCUUUUGGUCUUGGUGUAUAUUUUGAGUGGAGCGUUGAUAUUUGCAACUAUCCUGAUAGUUGUCAUGGCAAUCUUUCUUUACAAGAUGAACAAAAGGAUCAGUUUACAAUCUCAAGGUAGGCAAACUAGCACUUCCUUUUUCUGCCUGUGUCUGCUCAGUUUGAUUUUUUAAAGUUUAAGUGAGAUUUUCAUGUUUUACAAUCAGAGGCAGGAGCAAGACUUUCAGCGCCCUCUACGAGAAAUCUGGAGGUAUGUUUAUCAUUCAAAAUAUUGCAAAUGUUACGCAUUGCAGGCCUUCAUAGAAGAAAGGAGCUAUAAGUCAUGGUCCAUAUUGUGAUAGACUUUUGCAUGUUUUUCUCAGGGUCACAGAGAAGCAGACAACCUUUUCUAUGCAGCCCUCAGUGUGAACAUGUCCAACACAUCAAGAAGACAGAGAAACAUCACUGCAGAUGAGAGUGUGUACUCCACUGUAAAGCAGUAGAAGUCAAAUGGAAUCUUUCUGAAAAUUUUAACUCAUAUUUUUGAUUGAGCUUCAAGUGAAUUGUGAUUGUCUUUUUUUUUUUUUAAAUCAAACAGUCAACCUGGGACUAUCAAAAUUUCAGAGUGAUAGGACUGAUCGAUCUUCUAAACUUCUCCUGCACUGCAGCAAAACUUACUGAAGUUAAUGCAGCUUUUAUUCAUUUUAUUUUAUUUAUUUUUAAUAUUAACUUUUGCUGUCUAAUCAUUAAAGGGUUUUCUUUAAUCUUUUAAGAAUUUGUUCCCCUCUUAGAUUUAAGUUUUAAAUCUCCUAAACAUUGUACAGUUUUAAUUUAAAUUAGUGAAAUCACAAAAUAUGUUUUGCACAGCUUUUGUACAGAGUGCCAUUCAGACAAGAGAAGAGAUGUGCUGUUUGCUGUGUUAAGCUGUUCACAUUCAUCAAGCUCAUGCUGCAGGAAAAUAAAUUCAUACAUGUAAUAAAAAUUUAAAUGAUAGAUGCUUGAUACUUUAUCUUUUUUUGUAAAUAUGCAUGUUCAAAUACUCAGAAUUAGACAGCUCCAUGAUACUACGUCUGGAAACACUGGUGACUGAAUCUAUUGACAAGAAUCUGUCUCUGCACUCUUAAUCUGACACUGAUUCAGCGACCUUAAAUCAGUCAUUAAGGAGGGGUCACCGAUGAUACUCCAGUAUAAUCCGUCCUGUCUAAUCAAAGGAUAUUCUGGCCUAAAUUUAAACCAUGGUCAAACACACCGUAGCACUGACUUAGACACCCCCUCGAGAGAUGAACGUUGCCGACUGCUUGCUUCUCAAGUUACACCAACUUCAGCAAACCUCAACUUUAGUGACCUUUGCAAACAUCUGUGACCUUUGCAAACAUCAACAUUUGUGAGGGAGCCCUGACGAGUCGAUCACUGAGUGCAGUGGAAAACUUCUGAUUAUUACUUCAUGGAAAUGUAAUCGGACCGAAGCACUAAGGCAGAAGAACUACAGUGCAAAUACAAGAUACACAAGGACUCUGAUUGCAUUUCCAUUAAGUAAUAAUCAUAAAUUUUUCUUCCCUGAGCUGUGAGAUUCUGCUGCACUCGGUGAUCAACUUGUCAGGGCUCCCCCAAAAAACAAUCGGCUGCUGGAGGAGAGUGGGUUAGUUGUGUUUAGUCUCUUUGCUAAAAAAAUCAGGCAAAGCUAAAAAGAUGUUUGGUGGCUAGUACUAUAGCUGGGACCCUAUAUGUACUGUUGAUGAAGUUAGGUGCUGUUCUGAGCAUUAUUUGUGGCUAUAGAGUGGUGUUUUGGUUGAGGUUUGCACAUGGAGACGUAGACCACUGUGUAUUGCUACUGUGCAGUUGUUACUAAAGUAUAUACAGGUAAUUUUGAAUGGAAGUUUCUUUUAGUUUUUUUGUUCAAAUUUUCGAGGUAAAUUAUUCAUCUGAUCACUAAGAUAAAUCAUCUGUUCAGCCUUGCCACCGCAGCAUCAGGACGGGGACAGGACACGGAGACAUGUCUGGGUCGAGCUGCGCGAGAAAAAGGAGGAAGAGGCAGAGAGAAAAGGGGGGAGACAAAUUUAAUAUCUUGUUAACGUCAUCAUGUGUGACUAUUAACUGGAUAUUGUAUUUAAAGGGGCCAUGGCAUGAAAAACCGCCGGGAGGGGGGUACAUAUCGGUGCAAUCCCCCCAAGUUCGAAAAAAUUUCAUCCAGUCUCUGUAUUUAGGAACUGUGUGCUCAGAGCCGGCCGUUCUGAAAACUCCACUGACAUGACGUCAUGUCAGUGCUGGCGGGUUGAUGAUACUGCCCAUGGAGCCGCCCACUGCCCUGCCCACUGAAUUAUCAACACAGUGCCAUUAUUCCCAGCUGCUCGCUCGCAUUGCUCCGGUUAGAACCAUGGCGAAAGUACGAUCUGAAAAAGAGGCAGCGUUUGCUCUGUUGUUGGCUGCACAAACAAGCACAAAACUCUUUUGAAAACUCCCUCGUCGGAGGAUUUGAGGACUCAAUGGGUGGAUUUUAUUUAUAAUGGGAAUGUACCUGCGGCACUUCCAACAUAUCUGUACGUAUGUGCGCACCAUUUCACUUCGGACAGUUUUAUCAAUGAGGGACAGUUCAACGCUGGAUUUGCUAGACGUCUGAAGAUAAAGAAUGGAUCCGUACCAACUAUCCGUGACCCUACUAUAAACGUGGUAUCUGUAAGUAUGAACGUUUUAUUUUGACUUACUGUUUAGCCUAAAUUCCCCCCGGUGCCUCAGCACGGCCACCACGCUUUGAUAAACACACCGGAUCCGUGCCGGUUUACCGGAUCCUCCCGUAUUUUAGCCGCUCGCUUCUUCCCCGACAACUCCGCCGGCAGGGGACAAAAUCCCCCUCUGGAGCAGCAUGUAGCUUUAGCAUUUACCCGUGCGGCGACGCGCCUCUUUUGGCUCAAAUACGGGAAGUCCCGGCUAAUGCUGGACGGUGGGCCAUCCUAUUAAUUAGCAGAGAAGUUUUAGAGCACCAAAAUCUUACAUCGUAGCAGAGCUCUGGUUGUAAUUUUUUUUUUACAUUUAUAUCUUCCUCCUUAAGCGUGACCCUCCUGGCGGCUUUGAAUAAUACAUAGAAUGUGUCAACUAGGUCGCUUCAAGUCGCGUUUGGUCUGAACGCGGCUAAGAGUUUUUUUUUCGGAGCCUCUCCCUCUGGGUCAGACUCUGGCUCAAACUGGUAGGGUUGUACAAACGAUCUUCUUGCAGCCAUGACCGAGCCAGUGUAAACAUUAGCACAUGGCUAUCGGAGCACAGCCACAGCCCCUUCCAGAGAGAUGGGUGUAAAGUGGACGUGGCUUAGGUGCAGCUCAUUUCAUUAAAGAGACAAGGCCCAAAACGGAGGAUUUUGAGCGGGGCUGUUUUUAGCUGAUAAAAAGAGCACUAAAAUAAUUGAUCCAAAUCGAAUUUUGACCAAAGGACGUCACAGACAUGCUUUUAACACACCAGGGGACUAUUUUAAGUUGUGUAAAAUUGGCAUGCCAUGGGACCUUUAAUGCGGUUUUAGCAGCUGUGUUAAUUCAGUCAGGUUGAGUGUCCAAAUGCGUGCCAAGCGCGCUCAUCAGAUAAAAUAUAGAUCAGAUUUUAUUGAUAUAGAUCUAAACGUAUAUGUGCUGGCUCAGAUAGUUACACUGAAUAUAGGUUGUUGUUGACUAUUUAUCGCACUGAAAUGAGCCUCACACUGUGGAAACCUGCCUGUGGGGCUGUGCUGAAAGCUGACCAGGUUUGAAUCAGCGAGCUUUCAGCGCACUUUCCACACCGUCGGCGAGCACAUAAAUGUCACUGUGCCAGCUGAUUCUGUCAACACCUCCCCCUGCCACGCCACCACGCCCAGCUUGGCGGACCUCAGUGCACCUUAGUCUACGAAAAUACCAAACUGGCUGUACGCUGGGCUCUGCCAGACAAAAAUACCACUGCGCGGGGUGCGCCGUCGUCUGCCGCACUGCCGGCGGCCACGAAAAUGGAGCCCUUAGUUUUCUUUUUUUCUUUUAUCUCAGACAUGUAUUCUUUUUACAUACCUUGACAUGUUUCGGCGGAAACUACUGCCUUCCUCAGAAGGAACGUCAAAGUAUGUGAAAAGAAUACAUGUCUGAGAUAAAAGAAAAAAGAAAACUUUUUCUAAGACACUUAAGACAUAAUGAACAUCAUUCAACUGUGAUUCAUUUUGUCACUGUGAUACCAUUCUUAGGACCCGUAACAUAGCAUCUUGAAUAAAUUUUGCAGCAGCUAAUAGUAAUUCAUUCUGCUCUUAUCUGUAUUUGUAUGUUUUGGUAAAUGUGCUGUCUAUUAUAAGCAAACCUAAGCCACUAUUAAUCAUAUUAUCUUAGUUACUCUAAGGCCUUCAGAAUGGGUUGGAUGUUGAAUAGUGUCUGUUGGGAUGACUCAAGGCUCUAUGCAAGGCCCAUUUCCUUUUUGUCCAAAUGCUCUGAAAAAAAUAAAGUAUAUAUUUUAGAACAAGCAAUUUCUCUUUUGUUUUUUUUUUGUUUGUUUUUCAGCUCCGUUCUAUUUUUUAUCUGUAAUUUUGUUGUUUUCUUUGUGUCAUUGUGUGAGCUAUUGCUCCUUGGUUAAUAAAUUGAUUUGAUUUUCCACAUGCACUAAGACCCAACUACCUUUAAGAAAAUGUAUCUGUAGCUUUACUGGCUUUUUUUGUGUUCUUUUCUCAUACACACCUCUGCUCUCUGAUUCUGAUGGACUUCUUUGUUAUGCAAUCACAAAGCAGCUUGUGUUUGUAAAGCAUAACAGCAGCACUCCCUUUCAGAGAAAGAACAGUUGACUACUUCAGCGGUUUGUCACCAUGUUUACUGUGUGAGGACACGGAAAAAAAAAUUACACCAUCAUUAUGCUCAGACCUGUUCAUCUUUUGUCACAUAUGUGUGGUUUUGUGUCUCCUUCGGCGCAAAAAUGUUUGUGGUUUUGACAGGAUGCAUGGGUAUUGUAUUUUACAAGAAGUCUAUUUCACCAUAAUCAAUUAAACGCUCAAAGAAUCAGUGUUAUAAUUCUUUAGAACAAAUGAAACAUUGGAGAUUCUACAAGUGUGUGGGCUACUUUUUUCAAAUAUUUAUCCUAUGUUUACUUAGAGUUGCAUUAAACUUAUUUUAUAUAACAUGGUGCUAGUCUAACAAGAUGGAGAUGAACAGACUAAAAUGAGUUAAUAUGAUAUUCAAGCUGACACAGUAACAAACUUUUUGGGUUUUUACCAAAUAUGAAGUGCAUCUCUGGAGAUAGGCAUCUGUACUGUGACCAAGAAAAAAAAACAAAAAACUGCGUGCAGCAGCAAACUGGUGAAGUUUCCUGAGUUGAUCUACAUGCAAUGUUACUUCAGCUGGCCAAUCAGGCUCGGUCUUGUCACCUAAAUAAAGAGAAACCUCCCAAUGUUCCCUUCAUUUUACACUGAAGAUUAAGCAUGAUGGCGUCAUCAGCGUUUGCUCUCUGUCUCAUCUGUUUGUUCCUGUGGGAAACUGGUGAGUGUUACGUAUCAUCAUUUACAGGGUACACUGAGAGCUUGUGAUUAUAAUAAAUCCACGUUUACACUGUCUCUUCUUCUUCUUCUUCUUUAGAUACAGCAACUGGGCUAAAUUUGACCUCAUCUGCUUUUCAAGAGAGUGGUUUUGUUUCAGUCCAAACUGGAGGAACAUUGAUCCUGAAAUGUUUCUAUGAAGGUCAAGUUGCUGCAAGGCUUUACUGGUACAAACAUGCACUGGGACAGAAACCAAGACUCAUCUCUACAUUCUACACGUUGGAAACAAAGGGCAUUUUUCAUGGUACAUUCAAGGAAAGUCAGCGCUUCUCACUGGAUGCUCAUCAUGGUGAAAAUCAUUUGACAAUUACACAUAUGCAUGUAUUCGACUCAGCUACCUAUCACUGCAUAAGCAGCUACUUAUCCACACUGGAAAUCUUGGAAAGCACCACAGUCAAUGUAAAAGGCUCAGGUUUGAACGUCUCAGCCAUCAUCCAUCAGGCAGGCUCUGAGACCAUCCAGUUAGGAGGCUCUGCGACACUGAAUUGUACUGUCCAAACUGGGACCUGUGAUGGAGAACACAGUGUUUACUGGUUUAAAAACUCUGAGGAGUCUCAUCAAGGACUCCUUUACACCAGUGGAGGCAAAGAGAAUCAGUGUGAGAGGGAACCAAACUCACAAACACAAACUUGUGUCUACAAUCUGUCAAUAAAGCACCUGAAUAAUUCUCAUUUUGGAACCUACUACUGUGCUGUUGCAUCCUGUGGACACAUAUUGUUUGGAAAUGGAACCAAGCUGGACUUUGAAGGUAAGUUAGUCUUUUUGCUUUGGUUUAAGUACUUCAUGAAUAAGGAAAAUUAUAAAGGGAGUUAAUUUUAUGGGAUUAGAAUCCUGAUGGGGAGAACAGGACCUGGACAGGAAAGGAAGGAGUCUUGUGCUUAUAGAACAAGUUUGGUGACAGAUUAAGAAACAGACUGUGAGGAAUACUGAGUCUGUUGUAUGGCAGAGUCUGACAGGCAAAUGGUAGCAUCAUCGGUAUAGAGAUGAAUGUGACGGUUUGAACAAAUUAGUGAAAGAUCAUUAAUAAAUAUGGAAAAAGAAGUGGUCUAAGUACAGAGCCUUGUGGAACACCAAAUUCAACUGAAUCUGACUGACGUCAUGAUGACUUAAAUGUAUGGGAAAUCUUACAGCAAAAAAUAAUAGACCCCCAGGUUUUGCAGGUACAAUUUCCUUGACAACAUACUUUUAUUAGUCUGCUUAGAGGUUGGGAAUUUGAAUUCAACACUUUCAUAACAGUUAAUAUUAAACAUUGGGCUGCUGCUAUUUUAUUAAUCCCAUAAAUUGGAUUUGUAUCUGCAGACUAUCCCUGCUUCUGGAGGGCAGCUUUGAUGUCAACCUCUAUCCUGUUAGCUUUGCUUGCCCUCUCAGUGUGUUUGAUGAUGAAGAGAAACAUCUGCCAACCUGCAGGUAACUCCUACCAUUAACUUUUGAUCAAUGAUAUUCAUACUGAUUGGCAAGUUAAUAAAUGAAAACUUUUGUGUUUCACAUUCAGAAUCUGAAAAAAGUUUUCCUGCUUCAUCUAUCACGGAGACAGAGGUGAAAUUAAGUAACUCUUACUAAACGGAUCAUCUUAUAUGUAUUGAUUUUAACUCAUAAGGUAUUAUCAUUCUCUGUUUUGCUACCAGGGCUACCAAAAAUCACACAACCUCUAUCACACUGCUUUGAGCACCAACCUGACCAGCAGAUCAAGACGACAGAGGGAUCAAACCUGGAGUGAAUGUGUUUAUUACAGCUCAAAGAGGUAGAAUUGUAUAUAAUACAUACAAUAUAAUACAUACAAUAUGAAGGUCUCUUCCAAAGGGAAAUGGAAUUUAGAUUCAAGUUUGUAAAUAGAUCUGCAAUUUUUAGCUUUUACAUUUGAUUAAAGCUUCUGUGUGAAACUGUCUGUUUGCAUUGGAUAUGGUGUCCUCUGUGGACAAAGUGAUAUACACAUGGAUGUAAUGUUGAAGGUUUUUUUUUUUUUUUUUUUUGAGUGAAAUGAUCUGCUGUGACUCAGUCCUGCACUUUUCAUAUGAUCACCCAAUGAACUUCGCAGCUUGUGUAACUUCCCAGGAACAUCCUAGAAAUGUUCAGGGAUAGGGAAGGAGGUUAAAAUCUAAGAUGGGAAUUGAAUUUAAAACAACGCAGUGCUAAUACCACUAGGAAAAGUAUGUGCGUGUCUGUCUGUGGUGUAAAGAUUUGGAAUGGCUUGACUGAGGGGGUUAAACAUAGUACUACUUUCACCCAGUUUAAAAAACGGCUUAAAUGUAAUAUCCUGCAUAAAUACACAAACAUGCCAUAGCUUAAUAAGGUGUGAAUGCGUGUAUAUAUAUAUAUGUAUGUGUGUAUAUGCAUGUGUAUGUAUAUACAUAUGAAAAUGUGUAUGUGUGUUUGUGUAUGUAUGUAGGUAUGUAUAUAUGUUUAUAUAUAGAUAUAUGUAGGUAUAUAUGUAUCUAUGGGUAUAUCUGAGUAUAUAUAUGAGACUUUAUAUAUAUAUAUGGAUUUAUUUAUAAUUAUAAUAAUCCAUACGAUAACGAUUAAUAAAUAAUAUGUAGGAUUUAAAUAAGUUAGAAGUUUGGAUCUAUUUUGAUCCUAAAUUAAAUUACAUGCUUCCUGUUUCCUCUGGUUGCUGCUCCUUUUCGUUCUGUUCUUGCUUUGCUUUUACUUUGGAAUGCUCAGCUAGUCAAACGUACUCGUUAUACAUACUGAGUAACUAAACUUAUUUUGGUAAAAAUAUGAGUAAGUAGGAUAGGCAUCUACAAGCUACGAGCUUCUUCCUAUUCCUUUUGAUCACCUAACAGUGUUACAGACUGCUUUUGAUGAAGCAUGAUUUUGUAUAUGUGUGAUUGUAUUUGACACUGUGAUGAUGAUCAAAUAAACUAAACUAAACUUUGAGAAACAUGUCUUUUUACUUUUCAUUUCCCAGAGUCUUCACGCCUUAUCUUCAUGCUUGUCUGUGUGUUUAUAUGUUCAAUUUGUACCUUCAAAAAGUAAUAAACUUAACUAUGAUCCUGUGCAGAUUAAGCUUGAAACUAUAUUUGUAGCAUGUUUUCACACCCCCUUGCUCACCCCUCUCAUGAGUAAAGGGAUGGUCUUUGAGGACAAGAAACUCUUGUAAUGCAUAGUGGGUAUGAUCUUUCAUUUGCCAGAUUUUGCUAUUUAAAAAAACAACAACUAUCAAUUCAAAUAUGUGCACAACAACAAAAAAUACUUUAACACUUUCUUUUUCUUCAUCCUCUAGUAACUGCAGUUCACACACUCAAAGUUUGUUUUAUUUGUUUGUCGGGUCUGUGCUCCCGCCGAACUGUGUAAGAUGACAGCCUCCAUGUGGACUUGGGGUCCGUUUCACGUAGCAGGUUUAAUGGAAACUCAGAGUCUGUUGACCCUGAAAUCAGGGAAACUCUGAGUUUUCCGUUUCACAAAGGAGAGUCAGUUAAACCAGGGAGAGAGGGGUAACUCUAACCUGUUUCACAAAGAGAGGUAACUCAACCUUGCGGUCAGUUACCAUCGUAACAGACUCCGUGAAUCUAACCUGCUCGGGAGCAGGUUUUACUCAGUAAACCUAGAGUUUCGGGUGAGACAUCGGCAUUUUCUCAUUUUGAUCAUGUUUUACAUUGUCAAGUAAGUAUUAAGUGGCAGUUUGAUCCCUUUGCGUGUGGUGUGUUAGUUUAAUAUUCCAAAUCAUUUAACAGAACAGCAUAAGAGAGUAAAAUUCAUUUGUGAGUGUGAAAAGAGCAUUUUGUAAGGGAUCAAACUGCCACUUAAUACUUACUUGACAAUGUAAAACAUGAUCAAAAUGCCGAUGUCUCACCUGUUUGCACAAUGUUUUUAUAUUUAAUUUUCAGCUCGUGCCAAGUGCACUUUUGUCCUGCUGGAUUGCACCUACAUAAAAUAAAUUAAUUUGCUCCAUGCAAGCAGUUUCCCCUGCAACAGUCUGUCAUUGUGAUUGCACAAGACUAGAUUUAAACUUACGCAUUGACGUGAGCAGCAAUUUCCUCCUUUUUGACUCAAAGUUUGUUGAACCACCUACGUGAAACAGACCCCUGCUGUGUAGGGAUAGAAGGCUCAAUCCAAGUGCUCAAAAACAAAGUGAUAGUUAUAUUCAGAUGACUAAACUGUGUUUAACUGCUUUGCUAAAUUCUGCAACAUUCUGCGUAUCUUGAGUACAUUUUAUCACACUGCUACAGGUGAGAUUUAGGUCAACAGCUGAGGAUGUCACAGAGACAACACCGUAAUUUAACAAAGGAUCUGUGAGAGACUGAAACCAUGUAACUGACAUGAUGAGUUUGGGGGAUUUCAACCCAAGUCUGUAUAUACAGUACAUUCAAGAGAUAUCAGCUCUGUGGUUGACAAAAUGGCUGAUCUGUUGUAUGUUAGUUUUAAAACACUGAGAAAACCUUGAAUCAAAGACCCACGAUUGUGUGUCAUUGGUUGGUUCAUGGUAUACUGUGGAUCACGUCAAUGUGAGGCUCUAAAAAUAAGCAAUAAAAUUUUACAGUGUUGUGAGAAAUUAGCCACAAACGGUACAACAAUGCUGAUAACCACAAGGCCUAUUUUUUUCUGCAUGCUGAGAGUGGCGGACCAAUCAGAUUUUGUCGUAUUUAGGACAAGUUGUGUAUCUCUUACAAAGCUUUGUCUGUGCCUCAGGAGGACACAACCACUGUGGAGACAAAUCAGACAAGAUGAAGCUGUUCUUAGUGAUUAUUUUCCUGAUCUGUAACUCAUGUGAGUACCAAAAUCCACUAAUGGAAAUGUUUUGUUCACAAGCUUAGCUGAUGAGAUAUCCUGUCUGUAUGUUUCAGGUGCAGAAGAGUUAAAUGUCAUCUUUCAGCCAGUGUCCUUCAAAUCAGUGCAGCUCGGAGACUCGGCAACUAUUGAGUGUCACAUUAGAAGUGAAAUGCACAGAAGAGUGUGGUACAAACUGACUAUGGGGAAGAAAUUGCAGUUUGUGGCAACAUUCAAUCCCAAACAUAAUCUGAGCAAAGUAGCUAAUGAAUUCCAUGGCCGUUAUUCUGUCGGAUUUAACGCAAGCAACAGCAACCUGAGAGUAUCUACCGCAACGUGGGACGACACAGGAACCUAUUUCUGUGGAGUCCAUCUCUCAAACGACAUUCAGUUUGGAUUAGGAACCUUUUUGAUGCUCAAAGGUCAGUAUUAGCAAAAAUUACAGUGGCCCUAAAGGUCAGCUGAACAAAUUUUCCAAAAACAUGAAACAUUGGUUUAUAUAGAAAAAAUGACAAAUUAAAAACAACAUCAGAAAGAUAGCUUAUAAAAUGCUAAACAUUAUGAAUAAUAUAUAUAUGUAUAUAUAUAUAUAAAUAUAUAUAUAUAUAUAUAAAGUCUUAAUACACAAAAAAAUUUCCACAUUUUUUAUAUUCCACAUUUUGCAGUGGACAUUGAAAUGUUCUAGAAAUGCAGGAAUAAAAAAAUCACAGAUUCCAAAAUACUUUAUAAACCGGAAUUUUUUGUAAAAAUAGUUCUGAACAUGUUUUUGCUUUUAGUGUAAGAUGUUUGAUUUAAUUUUAAUUAAAUACACGUGUUCAGUGAAAUGGUUUUUGUUUUAUUUUAACAGUGAAAUGAUUUUGUUGUUCAGGGAAAGUUUACAGUAUUUCCUAAGAUGUUUUGGAUUUAACGGUUUAGUUUAUGCUUUUAAAACAAUUGUUUUAUUAUACAUAAGAUUUCUUUUUUCUUUUUACCUUUUAUUAAUUUUUCUUUUGUUUUGUAUUGAACUUUUUUGGUAUUUUAUGAUUACAUUUAUGUUAUGUGUUUCUGUGUUCAGUGAAAUAGUUUCUAGUGGAUUUUUUUAGGACAUGAAAUGCUUUGCGCAGUUGACCUCUUGGGCCACUGUAAUUUAAUGUCUCAACUCAAUUUUUUUGCCUCUUGUGUGAAUAUUUCUGAGUGCAAUUGAACAUGCUUUUCAUCAUGAUCAGAGUUGUAUGACUUCUUUCCCAAGGUGCAAACAUGACCAGUGACUCUGUUGUUCAGCUGCCAGAGUCUCUGUUAGUGUAUCAUGGAGGCUCUGCGACACUCAGCUGUUCUGUUCACACGGGCCUCUGUGCAGCAGAACACACCAGUGUCACAUGGCUGAAAAAAUCUGCCUAUUCUGAGCCACAAAUACUUUCCUUGUCUGGACAAAAGACGCACAUCUGUGACAGGACUGAGAGCGGGGACACAACAUGUGUGUUCAACCUCCUCAUGACGGACCUUAGCUCUGAUGAUGAUGGAACUUACGUCUGUGUCGUGACUGCUUGUGAACACACAUUGUUUGGAAAUGGAACUAAGUUGCACUUUUGGAGUAAGUGACACAAGUAUAGUCUCAUUGGUUAUGGUGAUGCUUAAUCAAACUAAAAUUGAUCACAGGGUAAAAAUACUGCUCCAAACUAUUAGUUAUUCCAUGUGAGAAGAAUUAAAUGUUUUUAAAUGCUUUUUCAGGGGAAGACGUACCUGUUGUGACACAAAUAAUGGUUCUUGUUGUGAUCCUGGGUGUUACACUGUUCAUUAUUUUGUGUGUGAUCAUUGGAAGAAGCUGUGAUCAAUAUUCAGGUAACAUAUACUCAUAUAUUUUAUAUUUCCUUUGUUGCACACUCCACAAUCUAAUUAUUUUCUUUGUUUUCUUAGCUUCUGUCUCAACCCCUGCUAAGGUAUUGGCUAUUAAGGAGAACAUCAAUAUCACAUUUGGAUGGUUGGGAUUUUAUCCAUUAAGUACAGUCCCAUUGUGUAAUUAUCUGCUCCUUGUGUGCAGAAUAUCCAAGAUGAAUCCAAUGUCCGCCGUGCUGCUGGAAGAGAAGACAGUAUCAGCAAACCAAAAAGAAGGACUGAUGACACCUGGAGUGAAUGUGUAUUUUUUAGUGUACAACAGUAAAGCUGAGCAUAUGUUAUGUAAAUGAUAAUGUAAAGUGAUUGGGUAGCUAUGCAAAUUGAAAUAAUUUUAAGGUGCUCACCCUGUAUGGAGUCUGACUUGCAUGGAUUGCAGAAUAGGAUUUUGCUCUUCUUUGCCUUAUCAGAGGUAGUUAGUGCCCUGACCAUGUAAAGAGUGUCCCUGCUCCAAAACAAUUAACCCAUUAAGACCUGAACCCUGUCUAAGAUAUGAGUCUGAAAUCCUGAGGGUGAUUUGAGAAGGGCCCCUAGAUCCUGAGGUUUUCUGAAUUGUUAAGAUUUACAAAGAAAGCUGAUAUCUCAGCCUCUGUAGCAGAUAGAAACAAAAUUCAAAAAGUAUUUUAUAGCUUACACAUGAAGUUUUCAAGAUAACUGUCUUUUAUUUUUCCAAACCUUCAUUACAUUAUUGAAAACUUUGAACACACAUACUGAAAUGAAAUAAAGUAUGAAUAAAAGUAAAGGCUCUGCACUGGAGAAUGACAAACUAUUUGCUUUCUGUAAAACAAGUGGCAGUCAUACAUGCUCCCAGCUUCCUGAGUAGAAAUGUGCAGCAGCACUUCUGGCUUAAAAGGCUGAAAUGCGUACAUGCUGUCCCAGUUUAAAUGGGUUAACUGAGGUUUUUGAUGAUUUGUUGUAGCCUAAAAUGAUUUUCAUAAUUUAAUAGACAAUAAAUGGCACAAGAGCUACUCGUGUCCUUUAUGCCUCUAAAAGGCCGAAGGAUUUCCUCAAACUACAAUCAAGGUUAAUUUUUUUUUUCUCCUCAUCAUUGUGUGUUUGUGGUGUCCAGCUGGAAGUCUACUUAGUAGGAACACAUUGCUUUUGAAUCAACAUAAUUUACUCACUAAUGCUGCAUGUCUGGCAGAACAGAUAUUUGCUUUGGUAGGCCUGGGAACAUGCCCGUGCUGUCAUUGCAAAUACAUCAAGAUUGGUAAUAAUGGCACACUCUGUGUGCGGCUUUUAAGAUAAAAGUAGAUGUGAAAUCCAAAUUGGAGUGUGACAACUGAAAGUUCUGCAUCCCACACUGGAUUUUGACAGUGACUUGUUUUAGGUGGAGCAUCUAACACCUAUAGCUCCUAUAGUGAACUUCAAUGCUGUCAAGUCCAAGAUGACAUCAAUGCUGAUGUCAUCUUGGACUUGUGAAAGUGUGGUUACUUAAUCAGGAAGUUGAUUUGGUUUGAAUAUAGAAAACAUCUAGACUUUAAGUAAUGACCAAAAUAUAAAGACGGUUUGUCAACUAAAACAAGACAAAUGUGAUAAAGGGCAAAACUGACUUCAUUAUGACUAAAACUAAGAAGACUCAGACCAAACCUAAUAUAGCUGCCAGAACUUGCACUUCUUUAUGACAUGCAGGAUUAUUUAGAGUUACAGGUUUAGGGUUGGAGGGGUGACCCUAGACAUGGGAUGGAAAACUGGUUGUGACCUCGAUGAUCCCCUAUUAUGAAAAAUCUACUUUUGUGUAGUUUUCAACUAAUAAUAUGCAUCCCCUCAAAGCUGACACCCCCCCACACACACACAUGAAAAAAUGUCAUUCUCUCGCUCUCUUGCCUUCCCCUCCUUUCUGAAAACAUGGCCGCAAACGGGCGAAUAGAAAAGCUGCGCAGUUAUGAUGACGCAUAAGCCCCAGAGACGGAUAUGGAUGGAACAUUUUGUCCAUCCUAUCUUAUCACUCCAUCUAUCUUUUUGCAAGAAGCGGGGGACAUUAUGGAUGGACGGAUGCCAAACAGCACUAGUCACGAGAGAUAACUAUAACAUUCCACCUUUCAAAAUAUUGGGUAUUCACCAAAAGAGCUCCAAGUAAUGACGUGACAGCGGAAACGUAGCCGUCAGAUAAGUUAACCCACCUAGUGUUGUAACAUAACACAUUAACAAAGUAAAAAGACAAAUAUAAAGACAUAUUUGUAACAAACCAUUCAGAAACUGAUGUAGGCAUCAGAGGAGCUAACCCACCUAGCAGUGUAACAUAACACACUGAGUAAAAACACUAAUAUAAAGACACAAUAUUUGUAACCAACUAUUCUUGUUGCAGCCGUAGAGUUUGAGUUUCUUGGGAGCCUCUCCCUCUUGGUCAGGAGGGUACGGGGGGUACAGGCUGGCUGAUAUCCACAAAUAAACUGUUUUUUAGACAACAAACUUCAAAUUUAAAAUUUAAACGAUUUAAACUUGAUGAAAAUGCCAUAAUAGGGGACAUUUAAAGUUAAGAAAAUAUGGAUAUAAUGUGUAUGUUUAGAGGCUAUCAUAUUAGCAGUUACAGACUAAAAGAGACAAAAUAGUUAGAGAAAAACUUUCCAUUUGUAUAGGUAUGUGUGUACACAUACUUCAUGCUACCCCUGCAGUAGUCAGUGUCUCAGUUAAGCUACCCUGGGCAAAAAAACUGGAAAAUGCCCCUGUUGGUUCCAAACCCAAGGAUGCUGCCAUCCACAGCAUUACAGUCCAUCCUUAAUUGAUUUUGUGUAUUUGCUACAUGUGACGUGCGCUUAAAGAACAUGGGAAAAAAUUGUAAAAACUUGCAAAGUAUCUCUGAAAUCAAACGUGCAAUAGUUCUUGUGGUCUGACCAAGAGAGCAGCCGUGCAGCUCCUGUAACACCACAAACGUUCACAUGUGUAUGUGUGAAAGAACUGAUUUAGAACAAAGUAUUUGCUUUUAGCAACACAAUCGUUUCACCUCCAUUUCUUAACCCUCUUACCUCUGAGAUACAGAAUUCACACGUAAAAUCGCCCACUUCAACUUUGAGCCGUAAAAGAACUUUAAAAGGUAAAUGGUCUCCCUUGGUGUCAAUACAUUUUUCACAACAAGAUUUCCUUCAAUACGCAAGAUGUACAGAAUUCAGUGCAGACAUGUAGAGAGCAUCACCAAAAAGUCCCCUCUGGUCUAUAAAUACCAACUUUUAAGCAGAAUUGUUUGCUAUGAUGCAGCCGUAAGGUAGCAAGCGUUAAGUGUUUGACUUUUGCAAUGACUAAGGUGUGAGCUAUAAUGACUUGGGUUCUGCUAUGGAAACUUCAGACCCUGUUUAAAAACAGGAAGACUACAGCCUGUGGCCCCCAAGCCACAGCCUGCAACUGCUCAAACAAAAGUAAUGAGUGAAAAAAGCCACUUAAAUAGGUCAGCUGAAUGGAAUAACGGUCAACUCAUACGCAGGGUGCAGGCUUUGAUCACAUGUGAGAAAAUGCAAGAUCUCACAGGGACAGCAAAGCACUUUUUUUUUAGACAAGUGUUUUCAUGGUAAUAAACCAUUUCUGCUACCAACAUGUGGCACUCCUUUUCAUGUAUUGUUAAGGGCUCAUUAUUACUUUCAAAGGAUUAAAGUGGAUCACACAUCAAAACAAGACUAGUGUAACAUUUACUGUCAUCUUUCAGCCAAUCAGCACAAUUUCAGUGUGCAAUUUUUGAUCACUCUGGAAGUCUUUGAUGGACAUAGAGCAUUAGCCAUGUUACCUGAAACCCUCUGACGCCCCCUCCCUUUCACAGCUACUCUUCCCUUGAACACACAGGGAACUGGCCAGUGUGGGUGCUGUCUCUAUCUGCAGGUCACAUGACUGUAAAAUGUAAACACUGCUGGUGUCACAUAUCCCCGCUACAUUAAGCAAGAUGUAUUAAGGGACAGUCAGAACGUUGACAUCCACAGUUAAGUUGAGCUGCAGUUGUAGCUUGAUACGGCAGUUUCAUUGGACAACUGUUCUUUUCUUAUCUGACUACUACUAGCUAGCUUCCAUGCAUAGGAUUUGACAUUGGUUUGUGGAAGGGUUUAGUUCACAGUGAUGGGCUCUUUGCAUAACAUCCUCCACCAUCAGCAUAUGAAUACUGCUCUUUUCUGAACCUCUGUGCUGCUUAAAGCCAGUGUUUGGACUGUGGUGCAUGCCUAGAACACCUCUGCAUGUCUGGGCCAUUUUGAGGUGUAUGACAGUUCAGGGCCUCUUUUGUUUUGAGGUGCAUGACAGGUUAUUCCAUCACAAGUACUUUCAGGACAGACCAGUUCACACUGGACUCACACACAAAACCUUAUCAGACCCACUGCUACCCUUUUGCUCUGAUAUUUAGUCUUCAGCCUGCAGGUACAGCAUAUUCAGGAUGCAGACUAAUUCAUACAUCACAUCCUUCAACUCAUGCAUUAUUCUAAAAGUUUGAACAUGGAACCUGUUUCUAUGCUGUCCUUUCCUCAACUGAUGACAGUGCACUGUUUUGCUAAAUUUUCGGUUUUUUUUGGUUUUGUUUAAUGUUUAAUAUGUGUUGUACAUUUGUCAUCAGUGCAGUUAUCAGUUAUGUUUCAGCCACGCUUGGUUUCAUUCAUGCGUUCAGUAGCAACUGAGUGUUCAAAAAAAAAAAAAAUCUGAACGCUUUCCGGCAUAUAUCUUCAGCUUUAUUACAAGUGAGGAUGUUAAGGUGUUGUUUGGUUGUUCUCAAGUACAAGCGUAGUCAAGGCGGGGGUUACUGAAAAUAUGUACCAAAAACAUGUCCAAAAAAAGACAUUCAGCCCUGAUUGGCUAAUCAAACAAAGUCCUCUCUGUGAAGAGUGGAGAACUUGCAGAGAGUCAAGACAUUCAGCAAAGAUGAAACCUCCAAACUUUGUUUUGAUUGUUACAUUUCUUUUCAUGGUGAAUGUGGGUAAGUUGUUGACUAUUUCACAGCAUAAUAAUAAUCUUACCUUUAACCAAAUGUUUGCUCUUGACAUGUUUAAUGCUUUUUCUUGCACAGAUUUGGCACAGAAUAGACUAUGAUGUAACCAUUCAGUUUUCUUUUUGUGUUUAUUUUCUCCUCAGCUCGAAUGUUAACCUCAAACCCUCCAUCAGUACAGUUUAGGUCAGUUAAUGUUGGAGAAAAUGUCACUUUAAAAUGUGUCUGUCAAGAGAAAGCAGCGAUGUGGUUUUACUGGUACAAACAAACUGUGGGACAGACACCAAUGGAGAUGUCUUCAUUCUAUAUGCAUCACACUAAUGCCACAUUUUUUGGUCAGUUUGAAAACAAUCCACGCUUCUCACUGGAUACUAAAAACAAAAAUCCUCACUUGAGGAUUUCAGAUUUUCACAUUUCAGAUUCAGCGACUUACUUCUGCAUAGGGAGCACUUUGUACAACCUUGAAUUUUGUGAGAGUGUAACUGUUAGUGUGAAGGAGUCAGGUUUAAAUAUCCGAAGCGUUGUCCGUAAUACAGCCCAGGAUAAGAACCAUUGGACUCUGAACUGUACAGUAAACACCGGGACUUGCGAUGGAGAACACAGUGUUUACUGGUUCAGAAGCUCAGCGGAGUCUCAUCCAGGAAUCAUUUACACACACGGAGGCAGGAGUGACCAAUGUGAGAAGAAACUUAACUCAAAAUCACACACUUGUGUCUACAAUUUGGAAAUGGACAACCUGAAUCAGUCUGAUGCUGGGACCUACUACUGUGCUGUAGCUUCAUGUGGACAGAUUCUGUUUGGAAAUGGGACCAAGGUUGAAUCUAAAGGUAAGUUACUCUGCAUCAAAGGUUGAGUUAUUUAAACAAAGUGAUAAGAAAAUCCCUAUUCCAGUAAAAGUUUUUUGGUCAUUAUCCCUUUUGUCUAAAUAAGCCAAAAAAAAAAAAAAGUGAUUUAUUGUUUGCCCUAAGUGGGUUAAAAAUUUGAUCUGCCCUAUUUUUUUUAAUUAUCUCACCUUGUUUUGUCAAAAGUUAGUAAAUGUACAAACACUUGCAGUAGCUACAGUACAGGCCAAAGUUUGGACACACCUUCUCAUUCAAUGCAUUUUCUUUAUUCUCAUGGCAAUUUAAAUUGUAGAUUCUCAGUGAAGGCAUCAAAACUAUGAAAGAACACAUGUGGAAUCAUGUGCUUAAGAAAAAAGGGUGAAAUAACUGAAAACAUGUAUUAUAUUUUAGAUUCCUCAAAGUAGUCACCCUUUGCUUUUUUGAUAGCGCUGCAAACUUUUGCUGUUCUCUCAAUGAUCUUCAUGAGGUAGUCACCUGAAAUGUUUAUUACUUAACAGGUGUGCUUUGUCAGGGUUGCUUUGUGACUACCAGAGUCAGUUACUAAGUACUGUCAUCAAGAGCAAAGGGUGGCUAUUUUAAAGAAAAUAGAAUAUAAAACAUGUUUUCAGUUAUUUUCAGUUAUUUUUUUUUAUAUGUACAAAAUUCUACAUGUGUUCAUUCAUAGUUUUAAUGCCUUCAUUGAUAAUCUACAAUGUAAAUAGUCUUUUAAGAAAAUAAAGAAAAAACAUUAAAUGAGAAGGUGUGUCCAAACUUUUGGCCUGUACUGUAUGUCAGUCUUGGUUGCAAUAUAGCAUGUGUGGGGUCAACACUGCAGAGACUCAGGUCCAGGAGAAAUCCUCAGGUAGGAAACCAUCAGUGGGAACAAUGUUUCACACACAAAGAACCUGCAUGAAACACAUAAAGUUACUCAAGUCCUUUUGCAUUAACAUGGAAUUAUUGGACUUCAGUGAGUGGUUGAAAAUAUUCCAGGUUAACACCAGACUAAUACUGACAUUGAAUAGACAUUUUUGUUUUCCAGCAGAUUUAACAUGUGACUUUGUCCUCCUUCAAAAAAACAAAUUAAAACUGAAUUGGGCAGAGUUAGCACUUUAAAGUCAUUUCCUACCUUUGAGUUGUGGUUUUAGACUGCACUGGUGUAGCAGUGUUUAUUUAAAUAGGACCUGCUAUCAUUGGGGUAUUGGUGAAAUAGCAGUGUCAGCGCUUUAUGGAUAAAGGCUAGUAUCCUCAGUGCAGUGGUCUGUGGUCCAAUUUUAAGCCACAAUCUUUGCUGCACAACCUCCCCUACUCUCUACUCCCCACAUUUCCUGCCAUUCUUCAGCUGUUCUUCUUAAUAAAAGCAAAAAAAAAUAAAAAUAAGCUUUAAAAAAUCUUCAAACAGAAGAAUUGCUGGCAUUGCUGAAGUGGACUUUGUGCUUUUCUCAAAUACAAAAUGAUUGAGAUGAAAGUUUGAAAUACGGGACUUAACUAUUAUGCAAAUUAUCUUCAGCAUUUAGUAUUUUAUUUAUUUAUUUAUUUUUUUUGUCUCAUCCAUCUGUCAAAAGAUGGCCAGCAUUAACUUAGCAACAACCUCCAAUGUUGAGAAAUGAAGCUGAUGCAGAAGUUCUAAAAACGCCCCCCCAUUUGAGGCUUGCUGCAGACACAACCAAAACCAGGUACACACAAAGAUAUUUAUUGCAUUUUCUUUCAGUCUGAAUACCAACAGCAGGAAUUUUCUGCAACAGGUUCAUUUCCCAGCUACCAAUGCCACAAGAUUGGUAAAUCAAAGGCACGUCUACUUAACUGACUAUAGGUAGGUCUCUGGUUGGUUAACCAAGGUUAGGUUGAGUCACUAUUAUCAAUAUGAUGACUGCCACCCAUAGUAUUCAAAACUGCUUCACAAACAAACAGGUGAAUGUCUAUGGUUACGAAAUCUACAGGUCUGACUAUGCAUUUUUAUUGACUUUUGCUCACAUUAUCUUUUAACAUCAGGAGUGUAACAAGAUCACAGUUUGUUCUCCACAACCUGUGAAGAUUUAGAGAAGAGUUUGGUUAGUUGAGCUGAAGCUUUUAAAUGCAAAACUAUAAACAUCAUCUUGUAUGCUAAUGAUACUGUCCUUUAACCAUCCAAAUUCUUCCCAAUAUCUUACAUUAUGUUAUGUAAUGUUAUGUUACGCUUUGUUGUUUUAUGUUAUGUUAUGUUAUGAUGUUCUUGAACCAACAUAAAAAAAAAAAAAACUGUCAAAAUUGUGGCAAGAAUUGCUCAUCUUCUUGUCUGUUUUCAGAUGUUCAGCUUGUAUUGGUGUAUAUCUUGGGCACAGCUUUGGCAUUUACUGUCAUCCUGGUCAUAAUAUUGGCUUUCGUAGUGUUCAAGAUGAUCAAGAAAAAGGGCCAGUGCACAGGUGAUUAUCUCCCCAUAACUUAACAGCCUAUCAAGCGCAUUUGCAGGUAAAUAAAUAACUUUUUAUUUUCUCUGUCCCAGCAGCAAAUGCCAGUCCAAGCACAAUAGUAAGUACUAAAUUGGUUAAAUAAUAAACUAUGUUAACUUGGGCUGUUCAUUUGUACCAAGUGCUGUUUUUUCUUUCACCAGCUUUCUCAAGACACAGACAACCUGCAUUAUGCUGCCUUGAGUAAUCUGCGGACACAGAUCAACAGAUCAAGAAGAGAAAGUGAGGACCCUGAUAGGGGAUGUGUGUACUCUAGUUUGAGGCAGUAAAACUGGACUGCCUUCUUCACAUUGUCCCCGUAAACAGUUUUCAACCCUGCUAUUUAAAAAUCCAGCUUCUUCAGUAGAUAUUGACAAUGCUGUAAACUAAAUGAAAAAGGUGUGCUGUGCUUUUGUGGUUAUUUUGAAGGCAUGUAAAACAUUUGUUGCGACACCUCUGCAGUUUGUACUAAAUCAGGCCAAAGUCUGAAAUGUCUCUGGAGGCUUUGUGUCCUACACGCCACCACACACUCGAAGUGUAGGAGGCUGCUUGUGACCUCUUUUAAUGUGACAGUAAAGACAUACCAGACCCCACCUUGUCUUCGUCCCCGUGGUUUCAAACAGGAUGUCUAUCUCAAGUUCUUCUGUGAAAUGCGCCACUUAACAAAGCCCACCCGCAUCCUCUGAGAAGACGUAACAAAAGUGUUCACAUCUUUUAAAAAAAUGCAAAGAUAACAGUUUUGAAGCUUCUCCAUCUCUCUCCGAAAGCUUUGUAUGAAGAGUUGAACUCAUGCACACAUGAAGAUUAGUUUGAUCAUCAGGAAUCAGCUUUUCAAAAUAAGCUUUCUUGUUGGUCUCAAGGAGUUCAGUAUGAGACGUGUGAUGAUAUAAUUUACAUUGUUUUUCCCUGGAUGAAUAAAGAGGCGGAAAAAAUGUCAACAGGCUAAAGGGGGGUUCAGGAAGUGGACCAGACAAACCAUUUUACAGAAACAACAUUUAAGUUUAUCCCUUCAGUGUGACUCUGAAGGAGAAACCAGAUCCCACAUUAGUGUAGGGUAACUCUUUGUAGGCUUCAAGCCCUACAGAGAGAACGAGAGAGAGAGACAGAGAGAGCGAGAGAGAGAGAGAGAGGGAGAUGCAUGCACACAUACAUACUGUAUAUACUGCAGCAUGCACAGGGGUGUUCUUGUUUACAAAAGAGGUAAUUUUAGAGUCUGAAGUGUUGGACAUUGGAUUACAAGUAGUGCCAUAGCCCUUUGAAUUGAGAAUUAAAACACGAUAAAGCUUUAAUACAGAAUUAAAAUCAGUAAAAUAUACAUCCAACAUCAUAUACAUCAAACACACCACACAAUAAUAUUACAUUAAAAGCACAAAAAAAUUAAAAUUAAAAGUAUAGUGCUAUUAGUAAGUUUGGUUGCAGGCUUCCUCACAAAUAUCAUUAGAUAUUGUUAAUAAGAUUAUAAAUAUUACUACAUACAGUAGAUGUAAUAAUGGUUAUUAUUGUAGCUUUAAGUGGAGGGAGAGAAGGUAAUGGAAAAAUCUUUGGAUUUGGAGUCACUCAGCUUUGGAAAACUUGUGAAAAUUCAAUUCUUGAUUUCACCCAGACAGGAUAUAAUAUGAUCAGUAGUACAAAGCUCUAGUAAGACACAGUCUAGAGUGUCAUAUGUGAAAGUCUAUACCAUCCCUAUGCAGGAUAUGCCUGAUGAGAAUAGGAAGAGGCCCAGGAUAGACCCCUGGGGUACUCUACAAAUGAGAGGAGCACAGGAAGAGGAGGAAAUUAACUAGUUCAGAGGUAUAUAACAGACAACAGUAGAUUAUUUCAGACAGCUGAUUUGGCCAUUAUUCAUGAUAAACUUGUGUUAAGAGAAUUCAAACAGCACAAGUUACCUGUCGAUCAACAGCUGUUACUCUUUUUCACUAUGCCCAAUGAGGCAGCCAGCAAAACAGCAAGGAUGGUGAUCAAUGUCAAAGCUUCGCUUAAGAAAUGUAUUUCAUCUGAUGAGAGUUGGAUAUCAGAAGUUUUAGUAUGGUUUGGUUAAAGAUUUACAUGGAAAAGAAAGAAAACAUGGGUAUCAAAUGGAGUAACCAUGUGAGAGCACUAACUUACCUUUUAACACCAGCUUGACCCCAUUUCCAAACAGUAUAUGUUCACGUGAAGCAACAGGGCAGUCAAAAGAGCAAGCAUGUAAAAGAUUCAGGCUUUUCAAUGGCAGGUUAUAGAUACAGGUGUGUAUUUGUGAGCGUGGAUUCUUCUCACAUUAAUUAUUUCCUUCUCUUUAGGUUCAGAUAAGUCCUAGACAAUGUUCCUCUGAGCUCUGGAACCAGCAAACACUGUGUUCUCUAUCACAAGUCUAAAUAUGGACAGCACAUUGAGCUUCCUCAAGUCAGAUGCUGGCUGCAGGUAGAAUGACUCUGACGAACACAGAAUUUAUAAAAUGGUUUUAAAGAGAUGAACAGUUAAUUUAGUAUGUAAAUCAUCCAUCUUACUAAACAAUUAAAACUGCCCUUAUAAACCAAAUAUUUAUUUCCUCGUCGUAUGUAGUGACUGUUGAAGUGAUGUAUCCACAGAGAUACCAGGCUGAACCACAGUCCUCAGCAUUCAAAAACAUCAGGUAUUAGACUCUUUCACCAGUUUGAACAGGAAAGAGGUCUUCAUUUUAAGAUUGGAUGAAAAUCUGUGGAAGUGGAAACUAUUUGGGGCUGCUUCCCUGUAACCUGAUUCUACCAGCUGAAAUGUGAGGAUUCUCAAGCAGAGAAACUGAGUAGAGUCACAUUUUGUCCAUGGUCACAUACAGCAGAAUACCGUCUGAAACACAGGGAGAGAGAUAAAGACCACUAAAUAUGAGCAUCAUUUGAAAGACACUCAAAUAUCUCCACUCAGGCUUUGGAUUCACAAAUAAACAAAAAACAUUCAAAACUCAGUCAUGAAUUACAGGAUCUGUAGAGAAGAGUCAUGAGUGGUUAAAACUCGAGCAUCCCUCACUCUGAGGUGUUCAGACUGGUAUGAAGCGUUUAGUAACCAUCAGCAGAACUAUGUCUCAAUCUGCCCCGGUGAGGGGCCACUUUUUGUGUCAAUUCUAGCAUGAAAGGGAGUGAAAGAUGGUGACAGUUAUUUUAUUUAUAUCUGCUAUUUUGCAGUUUUUCCAGUGUUUCAUCUUAAGUCUGUAUAGAAAGGGGUACUCUGCCAACUUAUGGAUAUAAUUUUAUUUUUGUGAGGUCAGGGUACUUAAAACAUCAUUCGACUGGAUUUGCACUGAACCUGUCUUCGUACUCCAUUCUAUAUUUCUGUGCUGUGAUGGAGACACCGAAAUGUAACAUUGGAGGGAUGUGGUGCAUGGCAAGCAUUGAACUCAAACCACAGUGUGCCCACUUUUGCAACUAGAUAGUAAGGGCAACAGAAGACUUGAUUCAAGGUCAAGAAAGGACAGUGGUUUGUAAUUGCAACAAGCACAUUUUGGUCAAGGUAAGCUACAACCCUGUUUACAAAAUCAUGGUUGUGAACAAAUUUAAGAAAGGCAGCAAUAUUUUGAUGUUAGCAACACAUUUAAUAAAAGAUAGGACAUGGAAACACAGUGAAAUGCUAAAGAAAAUGCCUGGUGGUACAUUUUAUAGUUAAUCCGGUUACCUGGCAACAGUUUAGUGGCAUCCUUAAAAGAACAUCCCAGAGAGGUGGAGUCUGAAGAUAGUAAUUUUUUUUUUGCUAAAUCUGUGAGAGGCUGAGCUUGCAAAUAGUGGAGCAAAUUAAGAAUUAUGUUCAUUAUAGCAACAAAUUGAGGAUUCAGAGUAGCUGGGGGAUUCUCUGAACUGCAGCUCAGACUUAAAGCUCAAUUCCAAUUUUUUGCUCAGAUCAGAUUUUUUGUUUGGCUAUUCACACUAUCAUCUAUUAUAUGACCUGUAUCAGAUUCCAAUGUGAACUUUUUGCGACUUGUAACUGCCUGCAUAUGCCAAAGAACAAUAACAAUGACAUCAGAUGCAGCAAGCUGUUGCAUCUGCACAAAUGUAAACAUGGGGGAAGAAGACCUGAGAAGAGCUUGUUCCUGGCCACUCUCUGUGAUGAUACAGGGGUGCAUCAGAGCACAUGCAUGAUAGGUAACCUGCAUAUUUGUACAACCACCUUUAGCGCUAAAUGUUACACUGUAUAUGGGUUUUGUUGCAACGUAUGCUGUCUGAUGUACAAUGAUGCUGUAUAUUUCAGCAAGAAAAUACCAAACCAGUCUAAGCACGAAGUAUGGCUCAGUUAAAGAGCCUCUGUCUUAAUCUGGCCUGUCUUUGGUCUAUGUGAAACCUUAAAUUAAAGAAAAGAAACUAAUAAAUGUUGAUCAAUAGAAAUGUUAUAUCAAUGAUGGAGCAAUCCACCAUAUAAGUUUAUUGGUCCCCUCAGUUUUCACCUCAGAGUUGUUAAAGGAAGUGGUGAUGAAACAGUGUGGUGGGAUGACCUCAUUCCAUUUUUGAUAUGUUACUGUCAUCCAAUCAACAUAAGGAGAUCAUUUCAACAAUUCAGUUUUAGUCUUCAAUAUGCAUCCUCUAAGCCUUUUUUUAAUUACAUGUGGAGCUAUGUUAUUUUACGUCAGGCUAUCAUUUUGGUUCUAUUCAGGUUCAUCACAGCGUUUCAACAUUUUGAAGUAGCUGUAGUUGAAGACGGUGGUUUGAUUGAUAUUAGAUGAAUAUUUUACUCUAAAACAUGACCAGAAAGAAUAUGAAUAGUGAUGGAGUUUAUAUAACUAAAUGGGUUUCUAUUAUUACACCAAGUUUGGUGUAAAAUCCAUUAAAUACAUUAUUGAUGUUGUUUUUUUAAUUUCCCAUAUUUAGGGAACCCACCAGAAAUGCUACAUGACAUUUCUUCAGCAUAUAAAUUCAACCCUAAAUUUUUCCAAUCCUAGUAAGUUACAAAAAAAAUAAUAAAUUGCUGGCCACUUGCUCGAUGAAAAGGGUAAUAUAACACUCUUGAUGCACAAAAGAAACCGGAGUCAUGCAAGAAAAAAGUUUAGAUUAACUUACAUUAACCACAUGCACACACAGAGUUCUCAGUGUUUAAUGCAGCCAUUAAUUUAAUUAAUUUCUGGUAAAAUAUUUUUUUCAAAGAAAAGCAUUUACAUAAAACUUAUCAGUACCACUUUAUACAAGCUCACCACUUAUAAGGCAUUAAAGCACAUUAUUAAUACGUUGAAAAGGUUUUACUGUAAAACUAAUAAGAAACUACGAGGUUGAUGUAAAUAAAAUAUAAAAAUAAGACAAGUCUUUGAUGUAAAGCCAUUAACAUGAUAACUGCUGGAAUAUUUCUGACAAGAUAAAGUUGUAAUAAAGCCAUUCAAAUUGAGCUCUAAAAGCUUAAAUAUCAUGAAUGCUCUAAAAAUUAACCGAAUACAACACUGCAGACACAGAUAUUCAAAUGUAAAUUAAGUGUCACUGUUUCUCCCAGUUCACACUGAAGUACACACAUUCACUCCAGGUUUGAUCCUUCUGUUGUCCCAACUUGUCGCUCAGGCUGAUACAAACAGGAUAAUAGAGGGUGUGUGGGUUUUGGUAAAUCUGGGGAACAAAUUACAUGACAUGUCAUUUUAAUCCCAGAAGAAACCUGUUAAUGUUCGUCCAAAUGGUGAACUUCAUUAUUUACCUCUGCAUGUGUUGCUGAUGGAGCUGAAAAAGUUGCUCGAGACUCUAAUGGUAGAAAAAAAAGAGCUAUAUUUCAGGGGAAAUUGUUCGAUAAAUACAAACUGUACAGAAAAACACAAACAGCACAAAUUACCUGUAGAUCGACAUGUGUUUAUAUUUUUGAUUAUACACACUACUGCCAGCAAAACAGCAAGGAUGGUGGAGGAUGUAACAACUCCUCCUAUGAAGGUCAUGUCAUCUGCUGAGAGUUGGACAUCAGGAAUAAAACUUUUAGCAUGAUUUUGCAUAUCUUUAGUGUGAUCCUCAGGGCAAAAGAGUAACUUACAUUUAAUUUCGAGCUUGGUCCCGUUUCCAAACAGUAUGUGUCCACAUGAAGCAACAGCGCAGUAAUAGUCUCCAGCAUGUGAACGAUUCAGGCUCUCUAAUGGUAGGUUGUGGACACAGGUGUGUGUUUGUGAGAGUGGCUCCCUCUCACACUGAUUGCUCGUGCCUCCUUGGGUGAAGAUAAGUCCUGGAUAAAGUCCCUCUGAGUUUUUGAACCAGUAAACACUGUGUUCUCCAUCACAUGCCUUGGUUUGGACAGCACAGCUCAGAGUCACAGAGUCCCCUGGUUUUACAGGGUCAGAUGCUGACUGCACAAUGUAAGAAAAGCUACCAGACCCUGAAAAAUAGACAUUUUGGAAAAUUAUUUCACAGAAAAAAAAAAAACAAAAACAUAUAGAUCAUCGGCACUGUAAAACUCAUGCAAAUACCUUUUAGAAUUAAAUGUAUCCCCUCUUGAAAUUCAGUGAUUGUUAUGCUGGUUUGUCCACAGUAAUACAAGGCUGAAUCAGAGUCCUUCACAUCAGAAAUAAUUAGAUGAUAGACUCCUUCUCCAGUUAGAGCGGAGAAACGGUUGCCAUCAUUAAACUGGUUGUGGAAGUGGAUGGCAUCAGGUAAGUGUUUGUAGAAAGAGGAGAUUAACUGGGGUUGCCCCCCUGCAACCUGUUUGUACCAGGACAGAUACUUGGCAUUGGAGGUGAGGAAACACUGCAAAACCACAUUGUCACCACGGUUGGCAUACAGGAGAGCACCAUCUAAAAACACAGAUUAAUCAGGCUGUGAAGUUAAGACAUAACACACAUGACUUAAUUUUGACAUGGAAAGACGACUUACAGGCUCUAUAGAGGAGAAUCAAGAGCAGGUGAAAGCUGAGCAUCCUGGUCUCUGUGGUCUUCAGACCUCAAUGAUGCUCUUCUAAAGGGGGUCAAAAGCAAAACUCGCACCACUGGUUAGGAAAUGUCUGCACUCGACCCAGAUGAUUGGCGACAUUUGGUGUCUCAAUUCUCACAAAGGAAGUAAGAGGUGGUGUAAUACAUUUUAUUCACUUGUUAUGCAGUUUUAAGGAGGUUCAGUUUACUUCGAGGCAGGUUUGAGACUUCAGGGCAGCUUAAAAGUAACUUUUUGGCUAGGUUCACCCAUUUACAGUGAAUAAAAAACAAGAAUGAUGUACUGUGGUGAAAGCUUCAGUGUUUAAGUUGGGGUGAAUAGUUGCAGUGUCUUUAAUUUGUCUAGAGUCUGGAGUUAUGGCAAUCAAAGUACUUAAUAUAGGGCCGCAAAGGACUCUAAUUAUGUUGAGAUAAUGACUACAUUUCGGUUAAGGUAAGGAUUCAGUUAAAUAUGAUUCAGAAAGGGAAUAUGCCAACCUAGCUCAAUUAUAAGAGAUCUUUUUUCUUUUAAAGCACACCUAAAAAAUGAAGUUUCAUGAGGAUGCUGAGAAAAAUGUAGAUUUAAAAUAAGAUUUGACAGUUUGCAAUUCAGUUUAACUCCAUAUUUAAUUGAACAUGAUGCAAAGACAACAUAACCGGUAUUAAAACUGAAAAACAUAUUGUUUUAUUGAAAAAUACAAGAUGCAAGGAAUGCAUUUCCAAUAAAAUGGUAAAGAACAACAAAGCAUUUAAAAUGUUGUUUAAAACCAAAAACCACCUGGAGAAAUUAGUUUGAUUUACAGCAGGUCAGUAACAUGACUGAAUAUAAGAAGGACACUUCACGGUAUCUUAGAAGUAAAGAUGGGAAGAGGUACACCCAUAGACUGUAGAAUGGACACUGUCUGCCUCCUCGCUGGGUGAAGUCACCGCGAGAACAGCACCCUCUGUUGAUGGGCUGCAGUAUAAGUCAUAAAUCCCACCUCCUUCAGCAAUCCUUAGGGAGCUGUGGACAAACUUUAGAAAUUAAUUACACAGAAUAAAUGUUUAUCUGCUUGUGAUGUUGACAUGUAGUUAUUGUAAAACUGGUUUGUGCUCAAGUCCUCUUUUUUUCUGUGCAGCUCCAUUUUUAAAAGUCAUUGGGAGGUUCAUGUUUUCUAUGAUUGACACUUGAUACAGCCUAUGGGUGUACGAAAAUUGCAUAACUCACUCUGGAGAUAUGCUCUUUGAGCUGAGCGUCAUCUCAGUGACUCUCCCGCUGCAUGCGUACAAUGCUACUGUGCAAGUGGUGGUUCCAGGAAGUGGAGAACACCCCAGAAAUAAGAGAGCAAUUUAGCUUCAAAUUCGUAUAAUGACGAAAGGCUGAGCCAAGUUGUCCAUAGUAUAUACAGUCUGUGGGUGCACCUCUUUGUGAGAGAGUGAAUGAGCCAAAAGUUCAAUAACUGCAGAAUUUUGUUCUCCACAGAAAAAAAAGUAAGGAACUGGGAGAUUUUAACAUAAAAUUUCAAAAGAUUUGAAGAAUCAGAGGAAAUCUUCAACUACGCUUACAUCACUACAGCUGUUUAGCACAGUGAAAUUUAACAUUGGUAAACCAGGUGUGCUGUCCCUUUAAAUCAGUGCUUCUCAAGUCCAGUCCUCAGGGCCCACUGUCCUGCAUGUUUUGGAUGUUUCCCUCCUCCAACACACCUGAUUCAAAUGAUCAGCUCAUUAUCAAGCUCUGUAAUGGCUUAAUGACGAGCGAAUCAUUUGAAUCAGGUGUGUUGGAGCAGGGAAACAACCAAAACAUGCAGGACAGUGGGCCUCGAGGACUGGACUUGAGAACCACUGCUUUAAAUUAACUUCCAGGCCUGUCCUUUCAGUUCAGUGUCUGCAGUUUGGCUCAUAGUCUUAAGGGGGCAGCAGUCCAUCUACUGCUGAAAUCAUCCACUGCUUUUGUAUGAUCCUGAGCACAUGUUAACUGAGCUGAAUCUGGUCAGAGAGGUAAACCCAACCUGAAUCUGAAAAACUCUCAUCAGUAAGACUUUGUGAAGUGUGCUGCAUUUGUUCAGCCCACAGUUUAAUGUGGUCAGAGGUAACACAGGUCACAAAGAUAGUAAUCUUGUUUCUCUGUUUCUUUUUCAGAACCUUAGAGCACACUCGACAUGAAGAGGUUUCAGCACCCAGGUUUUAUAUCAUCAUUUUUUUUCAACUGACACAUUGGCUUUCACAAAUUAAACAUCACAUUCUAUCAACACAGAGAGAUAAAGUUUGAGGCUGUUAGAUAAGCUUGAAUAAUUUGCAUAAGUUGCUUUUUCCAGCCCCUGAUGAAGACAGAAGUCUGUUUUGACGUCUUCUGAGAGAGAAAAAAAAGUUUCUGGUCAAGUUUACUCACGUCAAGUUCAUCAGAAGUGGUUUAGUCCUCUCCCUCAUCUGAAAAGCUGUCUAUGUGGUUUUGUUUACGACAGUGUUUCUCUACUUCAACAGUUUCACAUGCACCUCUGCUUUUACCAUCUUUGCACCUUUGUGCAUUCACAUAUUUACAAAUGUGUUCAUUAUUGCUCCAAAAGCAAAACACCUCUCCAGUCAAGGUUCUGUGUCGUAUGUAUUUCUUUCAUGACUUGUCAAAUAUUUUCAGUGAGUAAAAGAGAGGACUGCAGGUGGGCCAGUUUAGCUUCCAGAUUCUUCCACUACAUCUUUGCUGUUGUAAUUCAUGCACAGUGUGGUAUGGGAUGCAUCAUACUAAUAUACACAACAUCUACUCUGAAGAGGGAAAGGUAGAGUGUGGUUUUACUGGUCCUUGUUCUCUGUUUGAGGCAUGGUGGUUUUUUUUAUGCCUUUCUGUGAGAGCAGGUUUGCAGUGGUGUCAGUUGUUGUGGCCUCAGAGCUACAGCCCAGUCUUCCUGUACCUAUUGAUGGAAACUUUCAUGGUGCAGUUCACGCCUCCUUCACCACGAGGCAGAGAGGUUACUGGCUGCAGAUUGAAAGAAAAAAACCUGUGAGCGAGAACCUCAUUUAACCCUUCCUGUUUAGGUUAUAACUGACCUGAUUUGAUAUUUGACUGCAAUACAAACUCCCUCAAAGGUCAUUAACUAAGUAGGAUAACUGAUGUAUCUUAAAGUGACCUAAACUGCACAAAGAUAUAAGUUGGUACAUGCACAGUUCAGUCAAGCUACAGUUCAAGCUUAAGUGGGCGAUUUAACUGAACUGCUGUCCCUGUCCCAGUUUCAGGCACUGAGCAAGAACCAAGCUAUUGUCAGAAGCAUGCUACCAUUACUGAAAGAAGCAACAUGCUGCAUUUUAGCUUGUUUCAACUUGCUUGUCUCUGGGUUGACUUGUAAUGUGCCAAAACAACAACAUUCAAAGGGGACCUAAAUAACUGUCACACGUGUAAAGGUUCUUGCAGAUCAGGAAUCUAGAAACACCAACAGAGUAAAACCAGGUGGGAAUGAUCAAAUAAGGUGCAUAUGUGCAACAGAGGUCAUGGAGAGGUCAGGAGGUCUGCACCUACACUACAGUACAAGCAUCUGCAAUGUCACAAAAUCAUCCAAAGAAAAAUAAACUAGAAUCUAGAGCUGAGAUCCAACAUGGGUCAAAAGAGGGGUCAGGGGUCAUAGGAUUGUACAGGUACUUAGGCUGCGAUCUUGGUAACUGAGGUCACGACAGCACGAUUUUCUGAGCAAGAGGCUGUUAACUGAUCCUUCAACUUGAGGCAGCAGUUAGUGGUUGAGGGGAGACUGGAGGCAGCAUACAGUGGAGUGACACACAAGUGGGGCUCUAUUUUCGUGUUCUGUCGGCAGCAUGGUGCAGGCGCGGUGUUCGUGAGGUCCCCUGUGCCGACGAGGUGUUCCUAAGCACACUUUGGUAUUUUGGUGAGCGGCACAGCCCGGCUUAAGUAUCCCCCCUCCUUAACUCAGCUCCUCUUAGCUGAGUUAGGGGUUUAACACAGCAGAGUCCUGUUUUCACCGAUCACAUCAGCGCCUCUCCUCACCUUAAAAUCCACCACCGGCGAGGCAUAUUAUAAUUUUCGUCAAGUAGUCAAAGAGCUCAAGAGAUGGCUAAAGACGGCAACGUCAUAUGAUGGCGGCAGGAGGCUGCCCCUCGUGCUCUGUGGCCUGGCUCUUUCUUUCAUUGAUGGAAUAUAAAAUGAAUUUGGCUCAUGCAACUGAAUAUUAUAAUAUUUGUAUAAAGCCUAACUCCUGAUUGAAUAUUCAAAGAAAACAUCAGAAAAACUGGUUAUUUUGAAUGAAAAUUUUCUCAAUUUUUUAAGUAAUCUGUAAGUAAUUUUAAGUUCAUCUGAUCACUUAAACAAACUAUCUGCUCAGCCUUGCUGCCGCAGCAGCAGCAGGAUGGGGACAAGACACAGAGAAGUGUUUGGGUUGAGCUGCACAAGAAAGAAGAGGAAGAGAGAAAAAGAGGGGAGACGAAUUAAAUAUUAUUUUAUAAAUAUUAUAUAAUAUAUUUGACAGUUUGCAAUUCAUUUUAAUUUCAUAUGUAAUUGAACAUGAUGCAAAGACAACAUAACUAGUGUUAAAACUGAAAAACAUAUUGUUUUAUUGAAAAAUAAAAGAUGCAAGGAAUGCAUUUCCAAUAAAAUGGUAAAGAACAACAAAGCAUUUAAAAUGUUGUUGAAAACCAAAAACCACCUGGAGAAAUUAGUUUGAUUUACAACAGGUCAGUAACAUGACUGAAUAUAAGAAGGACACUUCACGGUAUCUUAGUAAAGAUGGGAAGAGGUACACCCAUAGACUGUAGAAUGGACACUGUCUGCCUCCUCGCUGGGUGAAGUCACCGCGAGAACAGCACCCUCUGUUGAUGGGCUGCAGUAUAGGUCAUAAAUCCCACCUCCUUCAGCAAUCCUUAGGGAGUUGUGGACAAACUUUAGAAAUUAAUUACACAGAAUAAAUGUUUAUCUGCUUGUGAUGUUGACAUGUAGUUAUUGUAACACUGGUUUGUGCUCAAGUCCUCUUUUUUUCUGUGCAGCUCUAUUUUUUAAAGUCAUUGGGGGGUUCAUGUUUUCUAUGAUUGACACUUGAUACAGCCUAUGGGUGUAAAAAUUGCACAAGUCACUCUGGAGAUAUGCUCUUUGAGCUGAGCGUCAUCUCAGUGACUCUCCUGCUGCAUGCAUACAAUGCUACUGUGCAAGUGGUGGUUCCAGGAAGUGAGUAAGACUGAAGCUGCGGGCCGUAUGAAAUCUGACCGCGGGCCGUGAUUGGCCCCCGGGCCGGACUUUGGACAUGCCUGGCAUAAGUGAAUUCAGAUUAUGAAAUGUAGCAAAUUUCUUGAAGAAAACGUCUCAACUCAAAUGAUUUGCACCCAGCACAAUGAAAUAUAUACUGUAAAUUUAGCGAAAAGCUUAUGUUUCAUACAUGAAAAUGACACAACCUACUGUGUAAUAAAAGCAAUAAAAUAUAAACAGCACAUCAUGGCCAUAAAUGGCUGAAAGUCAGUUAAACUGCUACCAUGCCCCCCAAAAUUGGAAUAAUGGAAAAAAUGUAACAAGACAAAAUUAAAUGCACAAAAGGUCUGAAGUAAUUCAAAAUAUGGUAUAAAACAUUUAUUUAAGUACCACAGUGUCAAAACAUCUGUGACACUGUGAUAGGGGUCAGGGGUCAUAGGAUUGUAAAGGUACUUAGGCUGCGGUCUUGGUGACUGAGGUCAUGACAGCAGGAUUUUCUGAGCAAGAUGCUGUUAACUGAUCCUUCAACUUGAGGCAGCAGUUAAUGGUUAAAGAGAGACUGGAGGCAGCAUACAGUGAAGUGACACACGUGUGUAACGUUUGCACAGACAAGUUUUAUAUUUGUCAUCUUUUCUGUCUUGUGUGUUGAUAGUCAAAAUUAUUGCUUGAUUAGCAUCUAUCAUUCAUAGGCUGUAAUUCUAUUCAUUUAAUAAUGACAAUGCAAUAAGGACAUGCGGCUGUUAUGGUGAUGUGUUAACAUAGUCUUAAGAAUUUGGUUUAUUUUUUGCACAUUUAAACAUCAUACAGUAUCCAGAUUUCAGAAACUGAGACAAGGUUUUUCUGAUGUCUGCUGACUCCCUUCCGGUGUGGCAGCAAGAGCCUCUGUCUUUCAUAGCAGUCAGAAAAAGAUUUUUGUCUCUUGUUAAAAAUAAAAUCAAGUACAAUGAAACAUAAUAAGUUUUAAUAGAAGAAGCAAUCGUGUAAAACACACACACACACACAUAUAUAUAUAUAUAUAUAUAUAUAAAUAUACACACACAUAUGUAUGUAUACACACACACACACGCACACACAAACACACACACACACACACACACACACACACAUAUAUAUAUAUAUAUAUUUUUACAUAUAUAUUCUAUUUUCCUCAAACUAUUUUGUUUUUUUACACAGACAAGUGUAAGAGAUAAGACAAGUUAUUAACUUAUUAAAAGAAGCAUUUUAAGGCUAAGUAUAACUUCACUCUCUUUUCCUCUUAGCCGUGGUGUAGACGCAGACACUCCUUGGACUUGUCUCUUGGUGGAGUCUUCCAUCACUUGCUAAAUGGAGAAUGUCUGCAUCCAGGCUCUGGUAAUGACAGAGUAAACUAACAGUGAACUGCUGGUUCUUCUUUGAUUAGCUUUUUUACUUCUACAGUUAUUUAACCUACCACAAUGUCAGCUAUUUCAGAACCCCCCAGAUGAGAAACAGUUCCUGCAAAUAGAAGAGCAUGACAGAUUAUGUUAAGUUGGCAACACUUUACUUGACGCCUAUCUCUAUAAUAUAUUAUAGGUUUAUGUAUAAUGCAUUAUAAUCACGUUAUAGCUCUGUAUAACUACAGUUAUAAACACUCAUAAAUGAUCAUAAUGCUUUAUAGCAAUAAUCAUAACACAUUAUAAAGCUUUUAUCAUGACUUACAAGGUCAGGUAUCAUAAAUGUGUUGUAAUUGUUAACAACCCACUGACAAUGCCCACAUAGAUAAUGCAUUAUACGUUUAUUUAUGAUGUGUUAUAAUUUGCUUAUAAACUUGUAUAACUAUCAUUAUAAACACUCCUUAAUUAUCAUAAGGCUUUAUAACAAUAUGCAUAACACUUUACAAUACCUGACAUAAUACCUGACCUUGUAAGUCAUGAUAAAAUGCUUUAUAAGGUGUUGUGAUUAUUGCGAUAAAGUAUUAGGAUCAUUUAUGAGUGUUUAUAACUAUAGUUAUGUGAUGCUAUCACGUGAUUAAAAAGCAUUAUACAUAUAUUUAUAAUGGGUUAUAGAGGUAAGUGUCAAGUAAAGUGUUACCAUUAAGUCAGCUCUGAUCUCCUUUCAACAAUUUGAUUAAAAAUAAGUUACCUUUGCAGGUGGAGCACACAUUUUUCCACAGGGACAUAAUGUAAGUCCAGAUGAAUAGCACCAUGAUGGAAACUGUCAAUGAUACGCCCAGGCAAGACACCAGGAUGCGGAGAAAACCUCCUAACAUUCAGUCAGAUGAAAACAAGUCUAACAUUAUUCUAUGUUGUUGCAUUAAUAGAUUUUAAAAUGUCUGAGCAGUUAUUAGGAAAAUUGUUCCAAAGGGACAAAAAACAGUUGCAUACCUGAUUGACUGUCACCUCCAAUCUCCACGCUUGUUCCAUUUCCAAACACAAUCUCCCCACAGUGAGCCAGAGCACAGUAGUACAUCCCUGCAUCAGAGGAGCUCAUUGACCUUAUAGCGAGGUUCAAGGUACAGUUUUUCAUGUGGGACUCCCGAUCAGUCUCACAGUGUCCCUCUUUGUGAUACAUGACAGCAGACUGAGCAGCACCAUGUCUGAACCAGUAGAAGCUCUGCUCUCCUGCACAUGCUUCAGCGAAAACUGUGCAGCUUAAAUUUAAAGAGCCUCCCACCUGGAGAGGCUCUAAUGCUGGCUGGUGGACAACAGCUGAGAUGUUUGUCAGGGACGUUUUAACAUGAAGAAAGACUCCCUCACCAAGUUCAACUGUGUUGAAUCCUAAAAUCCCACAGUAAUACGACGCUGAAUCAGAGGGCAGAAGGUCGCGGAUUGUGAGAUUGGUGGUGCCUUUUUGUGCUUUGACUUGAAACCUCUCUUUAUACCCUGGAGACAUAGAAGCGUCUUGGUUGUGCUUCAUCUGAUUUGAUAUGAUCUCAGGUUUACCUCCCAAGCGUUGCUGGUACCAGUAAAGAUAAGUUACAGCUUCAUCCUGAAAGGUGCAGUUAAAAGUCACUUUCUGCCCGACUCUGGCUGUUAUGAGCCCAUGGUCCUGGGUAACUGCAGCGAUCUCAGCUGUAAAGAAAAGAAUUGAUAACAGGCAAGGUAUUAUCUCUUCCUUUAAAACGUAUUAUAUAUAUAUUUAACAGUGUAUAGAAAUAAUGACAAGAUGGUGAAAUACAGACCUAUAUCGCUGAGGAGAAGAAGAAAAAAGUAAAUUUGCAUAAUGUCUGAAGCCCAGCAGUCAGUCGCCUCUGUGCUGACUGACACCCUCAACUUUAAGUAGGAGAUGGUGGCUGUUUGUGAUUGGACAAGAGAGGUACACACGUUUCCUGCUUCUUCAAGAUAGCAAUAAGUCACCCCUGCGCCUUACCACAACUCUUUUUCAGACCAACACAGUCACAAGUACCAGCACAAGUGCAUGAUGUACAUGAUGUAUAUGAUGGAUGCUGGGAGUAAAACUGAUGAGUGCGUGUGAUGUAAAAUAAUGACACUAGCACUGCAUGCCAAAGCUACUACAGGGAGCUUGUAAAAAGCUCCCUGUACUUAAAAGUCUUUAAAAAAAAUGCUCAAUGUGGCCCUCAUACUCCUUCGUACAAAACAUACAAUCAUUGGAUGAAUUUUGUGGAAAUGAUCUUUAAAGUCCUUCCUCUUUUUUGUUGUCACUUUGUUGUAUAUAGUAAAUCCUGUGUGCUUGUAUGUAUGUAUUUUUUUGUCUGUGUCUUUUGUUUUGUGUAUGAAGGGUUUAAAAAUUAAAAAACAACUGCUGCGCUUCGCGGCUUUUCUUCAAGUCAGUCGUGACGCGAGCCUAAGGGUGGGGACACUGUGCAACUUAACCAGGAAGUCUUCUGAAGGGUAGAUCGUCCCAGUUUACAAAAGGGUAAGUACCUCACCCAGGGUAGUUAAGUCCUCAGAGGAAUGCACUCGACUGUAUGCAGACCCUAAAGUGACACACAGCCCUUGUUUCCUUGCAUACACACAGUGUCACAUCAUGCUGGCCAAUCAAACACACUCUUGUAUUUGAAGACUGGAGAAAGUAUCCAGAAUCUGUUCAUUCAACACAAGAAUUCAAACAUGACAGCUGCUCAGUUUUUCUGCGCUCUGGUGUGUUUGUUCUUGGGGCAAAAAGGUAAGUUUGGUUUUGAUGGGUCCACUUUUUAUACUUAGUUUGGGACUUUUUUGUCCUUAUUACAUUGUUUAGAUUUAACUGACUGUGAAUCUGUUUUCUCUUUUAUUACUUCAGUCCAGCUGAUCUCUCAGGAGUUGUCCAUGUCACUUCGUCAAGAGAAACAGUUUAUGUCCGCUGAAGUUGGAGACACUUUGACUCUGCAGUGUUUUUAUAAAAGUGAUUCAGCAUGGCUUUACUGGUACAAACAAAGUCUGGGUCAGAAACCAAAGCCCAUCUCUAUAUUCUAUGUGUAUGAUAGAAAAAUCACUUUUCAGGAUGGAUUUAAGGAUGAUCCACGCUUCAGACUCAGCACUGAAAACAGCAACAAUCACUUAAUCAUUUCUGAUUUACGCAUUUCAGACUCAGCGACUUACUACUGCGCAAGUAGCUACACGUUUGUCUUAAAUUUUACAGAGGGCAUUUUAGUCUAUGUACAGGGCUCAGGUUUGAAGAUCCCAGCUGCGGUCUAUCAGUCAGAAUCUGAGUCUGUCCAGCCUGGAGACUCAGUGACUCUGAACUGUACAGUCCAACCUGGAACCUGUGCAGGAGAACACAGUGUUUUCUGGUUCAAAAACUCUGAAGAGUCUCAUUCACCAGGACUUAUCUACACCAAUAGAGGCAGGAAUAACCAAUGUGAGAAGAAACCCGACACAGGAUCAACAAGGACUUGCAUCUUCAAUUUGCCUUUGAAAAGCCUGAAUCUUUCUCAUGCUGGGAUCAACUACUGCGCUGUAGCUUCAUGUGGACGGAUACUGUUUGGAAACGGGACUCAGCUUGACUUUAAAGGUGAGUCUCUUCCUUUUAGACAGUCAUAAUCAGUGUAAUCAGUUAGAUAUUUAUUAAAAAUUAUUGUAAAACUGAACUGUAAAAAAAAGGCUAGGCUAAAACAUUUUGAAACAUCCUCUGCAGAUGAUCAGUUCUCUCCCACAUUGGUGUACUUCUUGAGCGGAGCUUUGGCAUUGACCAUCAUGCUGCUUGGUCUCCUGGUGUCAUCAACACAUAUCUGUACAGAUAGCUGCCUGGGUACAGGUAGGUUAAUCCAACAAUUAUAAAUCUAAAUGUCUAUCUAAAUGUAAGUCAUAUAGAACUUCAUUAGUAAUAUUUGAUCGUGUUUUCAUUUUAUUUAAAGCUCAGAAGUCCUAAUUUUUACGCUUGAUUGGCUUGUGGUGUAAUGCUUUCUGGUCUAGUUUUACUGCUUGUUUUUAGUCUUUAAAAAGAACAGUAAUUUUCCUGUUUUUGAACCUUUGACACCAGAUACUCAAGUAAGACCUUCAGUUGUCCCUAUUCUCAAAGUGGAGGUAAGUAGGCUAAACACAUGUUGAAACCCAUUCAUAUCUGUCAUGACGAUUUAGAGUGUAACUGUUACAAGACUGAUCUUGUUAUGCUCUGAAAAUACGGUCAUCAUUGAGUCAGCUGCUUUGAAGGGGGACACCAUAGAUCUCACAUUAUUAGAACUACUCAGGGUCCUGUUUGUUAUAAAAAUGUGAUGUGCCAAGGUAAUAAACAAGACGCUCCACGUUCCUCAUUUUAGGACAGACAGCUGAUUAACCACCGUGAACCAAAACCACAGUUUUAUCACGCACAAUUCACAGAAUUUAAUGACUCUAGUUUUGAAAUAAAAUGAAAUUACUGUAGGCUUUCUCUCCUUAUAUCAUGACUUAAUCACAACUCUAUUCUCAGUGUGACUUCAUCUUGUUAGAUAACUACUGUAUUCUUGUAAUAAAAAGACUUUUGAAGGGCUUCAUUUUCUUAAAAAAGUGACUUUAACCACUUUUUAAGUAUGACUUUAUUCUCAUAAUAAAAUUACUUUACAACAACUCAACUUAUUACACUUAUAACAAUGUAUUUUAGAACAAACUUUCCUGUUAUCAUAAGACUCUUUAACAACUUUAUUCUCUUAGUAUGACAAAUCUAAUCUCACAACACUGAUUUUAAUCUGGUUUUAAAAUGUUUUGAUUCUCAUUUUUACUCAAAUCUUUAAACUUUAUUUCUGUAACAUCAUAAUUUAACAGCAACUUUAUUCUUAUAACAGUAAGACUUCAGUCAAUUUAGACACAACUGUAACGUAGCAAUACAAAGGCUUAUGGCUUAUCAUAUCACUACGACCUAAUUAUGACUUCAUUCUCAUAAUAAUAUGGCUUUUAUCUUUUUCAUGAAACCACUUUGUUUUUAUAACGUUGCACCUUAAUCAUAGCAAUAUGAUAAUUUAAUUCAGACUUAUUCCAGUGAUAUAAUGGCUUUACAUAGACCUCAUUCUCAUACCCAUUUGACCAUGCCGAGACUUCAAUCUCAUCGCGAUAUGACUUGAUUUUUUUUUUACUUCAUUCUAAUACAACUUGAGAUCUUAAAAAAAAAAUCUUGAAAGUGGCCCUAAUGCUUUGUCAUAUUGAAUGUUUAAGUCUUCUGUAUUUGAAUAACUUUUCAGGGUCACUCAGAGGCAGGCAACAAAUCAGCAACGCAGAGAGACAACACCUGGAGUGAAUGUGUGUACUUCUCUGUCAGGCAGUAAACUGGGUUUGUUGAGGUUUUGCUACAAAUGAUAUACUUGUUUUACCCUGCAGGGCCCCACAUUGCUGCAGCUCAAGCCAAACCAGGUUUCUUUGAUAUGAUGUAGGUGCUUUAUUUCCACCCUGUGCUCAGUGUCAACAUCAUAUACACACACACACACAUCUCCAAUAUCAGAUGUUUGAGGUUACUGUGGGCUAAAGUCUUGCAAAGAUAGAAAAUAAAUCUAACAAAAAAGUGAAUGCCUGGAGCUUAAAACAUAAACGUCUCUCUCCAUCAUCGAGUAAAAACACAUGGACAGUCUGUGUAUGUCUCUGUCAGUUUGGGUUCACUAAUUAAAAAAAUAUAGUGAACCUGUUUAACCCUUAAAUAAGCAUUUGGUAUGAUUUGGGUGUAACCUGACUUUCAUCAACUCUUUCAGACUUUCAUCGAUCUCGAUACAUGCCACACAUAUCUUCAUUAAACAGCAGAUUUUAACCAUUACUUGUAAAUAUUGUAUAUCAUUCUUGGCUUAAAUUCAUCUGCAUAAUCUUCUCUAUUUCUUAUCUAAGCCUUCCCUGUAUAAUUGUCAUUUGCCUUUUGUAUGUUUUGUAAUAGCCCUGAUAAAGUCCACUGCCUAAACAUGUUGGUCAAAGAAUCAAAUUGUGCUUUUGUCACAAGUGGUGAUGUAGUUUUUACCUUUUUAGACUCCUUGUCCUUCUCCAUGAACCAUUGAAGAAAGUGAAGUUGUAUCAGAGUCCUUAACCCCCUUUUCAUGGUACUUAUCUGGGGACAUGAAAGUGUCAGUGUGAAACUUUUUUAUGUGAUCAGACUCAUUAUAAUUGUAUCCUAAUGAAGAAAAGCAACUUUCCUGUAAAGGCCUGUUUUAUCUGCAAAAUGUUCUGAAUAAUAUUAAACAUUUUAUGAAGUGUUUCCUUGUCUUGUUUUCUCUCCUUGACUAUUUGAACAAGUCAGGGUCAAAAACAUAUGUGAGGUGAAGCAGGGUGUGUCUGACAAUAUUUUCCUAUGAUAUCAAUUUCUAUCUGUGCAGCAAAAUAAUAAAGUCAUACUGUUUAGGCUAAACUUGAAGCAAAUGUAAUCAUCUAAUUGAAAUAAAAAGGUGCUGGUAUUCUUUUUUAAGACAGAGAGAGCCUCAUCAGUGUCGUCAGAUGUGUGAUUCUGGGACAUAAACACUGUUUGGACACAACAUAAUUUAAAAGUCCAGUCUGAGGUCAGAUAAUAUACAUUUAAGGAGUCGUUUUGACACCUUACUACAUCUCAGUGAUUGCAGUAUUCCUCAACCUUGAGCUCACUUUGAACCACUGCUUCAUUUUUGCAGUUACCACCGCAUCCCUCUUGUCUCCAGACAGGCACAUUGCUAUUACCAAAUCAGAUGAUAGUCUUUUUACUUAAGAAACACCAAGCUCAAGCCAGCAGUGGUCUGUUGGUCUUUAUUUACUGUUUUUAGCAGCCAGGUUACAUGAGUUCACACCGACACUUAUUGAGUGUAAUGGAAGUAUAAUAUCUGGGACCACCAUGGUCAAUGUCCCCAACAGUUAUUUUAAAGACCUGUCUGCAUAUUCUUAUGUCAUUUUUUCUAAUGCUACAGGUCACAUCAUUAGAAAACUAAGUGCAAAAUUGCAUUUCUGCAUUCAAAUCACUGUGAAUCUCUGGCAGACCCAAACAGCAGGCUCAGACACAGUGGGAUUUUCUACAUCACAAAUACAAGCCCCGCUCCUGGAGCCGUGCUCUGCAGGUCAGACCCCGAGAAAUAGAGAGGAUGAUUGCAGAACAAGUAUUUGCAGUUUGUGGUAAUAGAUUGCAAUGCUUGUAAGGAAGCUUAUUUAAUGUAAGACUUCAUCAUGCUUCCUAGUGGUGUGUUGGUCUUGAAUGAACGGAUCAAAAGAACUAGUUCUUUUUGGUGAACGAAAUGAACCAGGUCACCCCCCCUAAAUGACCGUUCAGUUCUUUUGAUUGGCUAUCUCUAUUUGAGGGACUAUCUCCAUGCUUGUCUGUCUUAUCCUAUCGUCGCGCCUCGUUCUGUGUGUGGGUGGGGCUUAGAGAAGCAGCAGCAGUACUACUGAGCUGACUGAAAGACCGGGAUGACCGAGUUGACUGAAAGAAUGAACGAAAUGAAUGAACGAAAGACCGAGUUGAACGAAAGACCCAGACCGAUGAACCAGUUGACUGAAAGACCGAGUGAACGUAAGAUCCAGACCGAUGAACGAGUUGACUAAAAGACCGAGUUGACUGGUCGCCACAAGAGCCGACAGCUGAGCCCGAGCAAGCGGGACAGUCAUACACACGCAAAGGCACACAGCUGCUGCUGCAGCCAGAGGCAGAGAGACAACUAUUAAUACGCAUUUGCACUGUCUGUUGACAUUUUGUACUUUUUAUUAUUGUUUUUAAUGCACCUCAAAAUAAUAAAAACCAUUAAAAACCUUAUAUAUUUUGUUAUUCCUACUAUAAUUUUAUAUUACAAGGAGUGCAGCAUUUGACCGGGGGUGGGAAGUGGGGAGUGCAGCGGUCAAAGCGUCGGACCGCGGGGGGGUUGUAACGUCGAACCGGGGAGCUGAGACGCUCGCAACGUCGGAUCCGGAGGGGUGUAAUGCUUCAGAUUUCAAGAUCACAUGUGCACUGUUGAGUCUGAAGUGCAGUCAGUCCGUUCGCUCAUCACUUUCGUUCAGCGUCUGAACGAACGUGAACAACAUGAAUGAGCGGACUGAAUAACGACCGAUUGACCGAAAGGACCGAAAUGAACGGGUCUUUUUACUUAACGACCCGGAAUGAUCCGGUUCACUGAAAUGAACGGUUUUGCCCACCACUAAUGCUUCCCCAAAGACUUUAGUGUUCAAGAGCUGAAUAGCACUAUGUUACCUGCCACAGUUAUAUUUUAUUAUUAAUGGGAGCACGGCUGUGUCUCUCUUUGUGUUUGAAGCACAUUGUCAACUCCAAUGCCUUUCUUACUCUCACAAUUGCACCCUCUAAAUAUCAGGAAGUCACUGCACCAUUGACCUCAAUCUUUAGACCAAGUUUCUGCGGGUCUAAAGUGUAAACGCUUGCUGCUUCCUCAAAAUAGAAACACACCACUUUUGAGCUCAAUCACACCUCUUCUAAAAAUCGACACACCCACAGGUGUUAGCAUGGAUGCAACAGUGUGGGGGGUUGGAAGUGAAACUGAUGAGUGCAUUCUAUGAAAAAUAACAAAGACACAGCCAGAGUCACAAUAGAGUUACAAUUGCUGCAGUUAUAAAGGUGGAUGGUAUUGUUUUUUAUUUGUGUAUUUGCAAGUACUAGCAUGUUCACUAACCUAAGGCAUGGGUUAAUGAUCAUGUGAACAUGAUUUCCAAAAAAAGACAGCCAACCUGAUUGGCUGAUCAAACCAAGUCUUCUCUGUGAAGGGUGAAGACUCUGCAGAGAUCCUCGUCAGUCAUCAGCACAAUCGAACCAUGAUGACGCCUUCAGCUUUUGCUCUGUAUGUCACAUUCCUAUUCAUGGCAAAUGCAGGUAAGUUGAUGAGUUGUUGUUAAGUUAAGUUGUUUUUUAAUUUCCCUAUGGGAUCAAUAAAGUAUCUAUCUAUGGAACAAUAACCAUAAUCAUGUUGUGUUUUUAUGUAUUUGUGCUUUAUUCAAUAUAAUUCUGUGUAAUUUUGUGUUUAUUUUCUCCUCAGCUCGAAUGUUAACCUUAAACCCUCCAUCAGUACAGUUUAGGUCAGUUAAUGUUGGAGAAAAUGUCACUUUAAAAUGUGUCUGUCAAGAGAAAGCAGCAAUGUGGUUUUUUUACUGGUACAAACAAACUGUGGGACAGACACCAGCGCUGAUGUCUUCAUUCUAUAUGCAUCACACUAAUGCCCCAUUUUUUGGUCAGUUUGAAAACAAUCCACGCUUCUCAAUGGAUACUAAAAACCACUAGGGCCCCGGUGGGGCACUGUCGGGCCCGAGCCGCGUUGCGCCGCCCCCAGCGCGACCGCCUCCCCCUCCCGAUCGCGUCACACUCAAGGUCCAAAGAUGGUGUGCGCACUUGUCUGUGGUCAUUUCCCAUUAUAAUGAAUGGGAGGCGCAGUUUCUACCAAAACACUCGCUGCAGACAAACUACAUGUCCUAUUUGAAAAAAGUCUGGACCAUGAGUGAGGGCACAAACACAGCUAGGAUAUAUCCAAACGGCAAGUUGCUCCUUGUUACGGUGUUGCCAGGAGAGUGAUGCGAUUGAGCCAUUGAGUGAUGGGCAGGAAAAACUUGACUGUUUCUCCUGCCAUGGGGGUUGGGGGAUGGGGGGGGGGGGGGGGGGAUGUGGAUUCUUUUAAGAAUGUGGAUAUUUGGGUCAUCUUUGGCGCCCCCUAGAACGUAAACCGUGGGGUGCAGCGUCAUGAUUUUUACAACUUUGAAUGACCAUGGGGUGUAGAUUGGCCUGAGCAAAUUUGGUGUCAGUGGGACGAAAGCCUUAGGAGGAGUUAGCCACAUUCCAAUGUGUGCGAAUCGGCAAAAAAUGCAAAAUAGCCCUUUAACCGUACAUUUGACAGAUACGCGCGCAUUGACUUUUUUGUAGAUCUUAUUGAGAUACAUGUGAUUGUCAAAUUUUGUGUCAAUAUGAUAAAGCGUACAGGCGUGACAGUCAAUAGUGUGAAUUUCCACCUUAGGGGACAAGAAAAAAUUGACUUUUUUCUCCUGCCAUGGGGGGGCGCUCUUUUGGGGAGUAAAAAUUCCUUCACAAAUGUGUUGAUGGCUGGACAUUGCAUCAUCCUAGAAAACUUGGAGGCCAGUGAGGACAAAAAUAAAAAGUUAUAAGACUUUUAAAUAUGUGGAUUUUAGGGUUAUCUUUGGCGCCCCCUAGAACCUAAACCGUGGGGUGCAGCGUCAUGAUUUGAAUAACUUUUAAUGGCCAUGGGGUGUAGAUUGGCCUGAGCAAAUGUGGUGCCGGUGGAACGAAAGCCUUCGGAGGAGUUAGCGAAAUUCCAAUGUGUGCGGAUCGGCAAAAAAUGCGGAAUAACCCUUUAACCGUACAUUUGACAGAUACGCGCGCAUUGACUUUUUCGUAGAUCUUAUUGAGAUACAUGUGUGUGUCAAUUUUUGUGUCAUUUUGCCAAAGCGUACAGGUGUUACACUCAACAAUGUGUAUUUUCACCUUAGGGGACAAGAAAAAAUGGACUUUUUUCUCCUGCCAUGGGGGGGCGCUCUUUUGGGGAGUAAAAAUUCCUUCACAAAUGUGUUGAUGGCUGGACAUUGCAUCAUCCUAGAAAACUUGGAGGCCAGUGAGGGCAAAAAUAAAAAGUUAUAAGACUUUUAAAUAUGUGGAUCUUAGGGUUAUCUUUGGCGCCCCCUAGAACCUAAACCGUGGGGUGCAGCGUCAUGAUUUGAAUAACUUUUAAUGGCCAUGGGGUGUAGAUUGGCCUGUGCAAAUGUGGUGCCGGUGGAACGAAAGCCUUCGGAGGAGUUAGCGAAAUUCCAAUGUGUGCGGAUCGGCAAAAAAUGCGAAAUAACCCUUUAACCGUACAUUUGACAGAUACGCCCGCACUGACUUUUUUGUAGAUCUUAUUGAGAUACAUGUGUGUGUCAAUUUUUGUGUCAUUUUGACAAAGCGUACAGGCGUGACAGUCAAUAGUGUGAAUUUUCACCUUAGGGGGCGCUAUGGAGCCAUUUUGCAUUUUCUUGUUUGGGCGACUUCGGAAUAUCAAAUUUUUCACCAGGCCCGGUCGUCCUGCCAAAUUUCAUGAGUUUUCGCCAGUGGGAAGUGGGCCAUUUUCCAGUUCAAAGGGGAGGAAAAAUAAUAACUAGGGCCCCGUUGGGGCACUGGCGGGCCCGAGCCGCGUUGCGCCGCCCCCAGUGCGACCGCCUCCCCCUCCCGAUCGCGUCACACUCAAGGUCCAAAGAUGGUGUGCGCACUUGUCUGUGGUCAUUUCCCAUUAUAAUGAAUGGGAGGCGCAGUUUCUACCAAAACACUCGCUGCAGACAAACUACAUGUCCUAUUUGAAAAAAGUCUGGACCAUGAGUGAGGGCACAAACACAGCUAGGAUAUAUCCAAACGGCAAGUUGCUCCUCGUUACGGUGUUGCUGGGAGAGCGAUGCGAUUGAGCCAUUGAGUGAUGGGCAGGAAAAACUUGACUGUUUCUCCUGCCAUGGGGGAUGGGGGAUGGGAGGGGGGGAAAGGGAUGUGGAUUCUUUUAAGAAUGUGGAUAUUUGGGUCAUCUUUGGCGCCCCCUAGAACGUAAACCGUGGGGUGCAGCGUCAUGAUUUUUAAAACUUUGAAUGGCCAUGGGGUGUAGAUUGGCCUGAGCAAAUUUGGUGUCAGUGGGACGAAAGCCUUAGGAGGAGUUAGCCACAUUCCAAUGUGUGCUAAUCGGCAAAAAAUGCAAAAUAGCCCUUUAACCGUACAUUUUACAGAUACGCGCGCAUUGACUUUUUCGUAGAUCUUAUUGAGAUACAUGUGUGUGUCAAAUUUUGUGUCAAUAUGACAAAGCAUACAGGUAUGACAGUCAACAAUGUGUAUUUUCACCUUAUGGGACAAGAAAAAAUGGACUUUUUUCUCCUGCCAUGGGGGGGCGCUCUUUUAGGGAGUAAAAAUUCCUUCACAAAUGUGUUGAUGGCUGGACAUUGCAUCAUCCUAGAAAACUUGGAGGCCAGAGAGGACAAAAAUAAAAAGUUAUAAGACUUUUAAAUAUGUGGAUUUUAGGGUUAUCUUUGGCGCCCCCUAGAACCUAAACCGUGGGGUGUAGCGUCAUGAUUUGAAUAACUUUUAAUGGCCAUGGGGUGUAGAUUGGCCUGAGCAAAUGUGGUGCCGGUUGAACGAAAGCCUUCGGAGGAGUUAGCGAAAUUCCAAUGUGUGCGGAUCGGCAAAAAAUGCGCAAUAACCCUUUAACCGUACAUUUGACAGAUACGCCCGCACUGACUUUUUUGUAGAUCUUAUUGAGAUACAUGUGUGUGUCAAUUUUUGUGUAAUUUUGACAAAGCGUACAGGCGUGACAGUCAAUAGUGUGAAUUUUCACCUUAUGGAACAAGAAAAAAUGGACUUUUUUCUCCUGCCAUGGGGGGGCGCUCUUUUGGGGAGUAAAAAUUCCUUCACAAAUGUGUUGAUGGCUGGACAUUGCAUCAUCCUAGAAAACUUGGAGGCCAGUGAGGGCAAAAAUAAAAAGUUAUAAGACUUUGAAAUAUGUGGAUUUUAGGGUUAUCUUUGGCGCCCCCUAGAACAUAAACCGUGGGGUGCAGCGUCAUGAUUUGAAUAACUUUUAAUGGCCAUGGGGUGUAGAUUGGCCUGAGCAAAUGUGGUGCCGGUGGAACGAAAGCCUUCGGAGGAGUUAGCGAAAUUCCAAUGUGUGCGGAUCGGCAAAAAAUGCGCAAUAACCCUUUAACCGUACAUUUGACAGAUACGCCCGCACUGACUUUUUUGUAGAUCUUAUUGAGAUACAUGUGUGUGUCAAUUUUUGUGUCAUUUUGACAAAGCGUACAGGCGUCAGGUGAAUUUUUCACCUUAGGGGGCGCUAUGGAGCCAUUUUGCAUUGUAUUGUUUGGGCGACUUCAGAAUAUCAAAUUUUUCACCAGGCCCGGUCGUCCUGCCAAAUUUCAUGAGUUUUCGCCAGUGGGAAGUGGGCCAUUUUCCAGUUCAAAGGGGAGGAAAAAUAAUAACUAGGGCCCCGGUGGGGCACUGUCGGGCCCGAGCCGCGUCGUGCCGCCCCCAGCGUGACCGCCUCCCCCUCCCGAUCGCAUCACACUCAAGGUCCAAAGAUGGUGUGCGCACUUGUCUGUGGUCAUUUCCCAUCAUAAUGAAUGGGAGGCGCAGUUUCUACCAAAACACUCGCUGCAGACAAACUUCAUGUCCUAUUUGAAAAAAGUCUGGACCAUGAGUGAGGGCACAAACACAGCUGGGAUAUAUCCAAAUGGCAGGUUGCUCCUCGUUACGGUGUUGCCUGGAGAGCGAUGCGAUUGAGCCAUUGAGCGAUGGGCAGGAAAAACUUGACUUUUUCUCCUGCCAUGGGGGGGGGGAGAAUGUGGAUUCUUUUAAGAAUGUGGAUUUUUUGGUCAUCUUUGGCGCCCCCUAGAACGUAAACCAUGGGGUGCAGCGUCAUGAUUUUUACAACUUUGAAUGGCCAUGGGGUGUAGAUUGGCCUGAGCAAAUUUGGUUUCAGUGGGACGAAAGCCUUAGGAGGAGUUAGCCACAUUCCAAUGUGUGCGAAUCGGCAAAAAAUGCAAAAUAGCCCUUUAACCGUACAUUUGACAGAUACGCGCGAGUUGACUUUUUUGUAGAUCUUAUUGAGAUACAUAUGUGUGUCAAUUUUUGUGUCAAUAUGAUAAAGCGUACAGGCGUGACAGUCAAUAGUGUGAAUUUCCACCUUAGGGGACAAGAAAAAAUUGACUUUUUUCUCCUGCCAUGGGGGGCGCUCUUUUGGGGAGUAAAAAUUCCUUCACAAAUGUGUUGAUGGCUGGACAUUGCAUCAUCCUAGAAAACUUGGAGGCCAGUGAGGACAAAAAUAAAAAGUUAUAAGACUUUUAAAUAUGUGGAUUUUUGGGUUAUCUUUGGCGCCCCCUAGAACCUAAACCGUGGGAUGCAGCGUCAUGAUUUGAAUAACUUUUAAUGGCCAUGGGGUGUAGAUUGGCCUGAGCAAAUGUGGUGCCGGUGGAACGAAAGCCUUCGGAGGAGUUAGCAAAAUUCCAAUGUGUGCGGAUCGGCAAAAAAUGCGGAAUAACCCUUUAACCGUACAUUUGACAGAUACGCGCGCAUUGACUUUUUCGUAGAUCUUAUUGAGAUACAUGUGUGUGUCAAUUUUUGUGUCAUUUUGCCAAAGCGUACAGGUGUUACACUCAACAAUGUGUAUUUUCACCUUAGGGGACAAGAAAAAAUGGACUUUUUUCUCCUGCCAUGGGGGGCGCUCUAUUGGGGAGUAAAAAUUCCUUCACAAAUGUGUUGAUGGCUGGACAUUGCAUCAUCCUAGAAAACUUGGAGGCCAGUGAGGGCAAAAAUAAAAAGUUAUAAGACUUUUAAAUAUGUGGAUCUUAGGGUUAUCUUUGGCGCCCCCUAGAACCUAAACCGUGGGGUGCAGCGUCAUGAUUUGAAUAACUUUUAAUGGCCAUGGGGUGUAGAUUGGCCUGAGCAAAUGUGGUGCCGGUGGAACGAAAGCCUUCGGAGGAGUUAGCGAAAUUCCAAUGUGUGCGGAUCGGCAAAAAAUGCGAAAUAACCCUUUAACCGUACAUUUGACAGAUACGCCCGCACUGACUUUUUUGUAGAUCUUAUUGAGAUACACGUGUGUGUCAAUUUUUGUGUCAUUUUGACAAAGCGUACAGGCGUGACAGUCAAUAGUGUGAAUUUUCACCUUAGGGGGCGCUAUGGAGCCAUUUUGCAUUUUCUUGUUUGGGCGACUUCGGAAUAUCAAAUUUUUCACCAGGCCCGGUCGUCCUGCCAAAUUUCAUGAGUUUUCGCCAGUGGGAAGUGGGCCAUUUUCCAGUUCAAAGGGGAGGAAAAAGAAGAAAGAACUAGGGCCCCGUUGGGGUACUGUCGGGCCCGAGCCGUGUCGCACCCGCCCCCAACGCGAUCGCCUCCCCCUCCCAUUCGCGUCCCCUGGCCAUCGCCCUCUCUGGUAACGCCCAUCACUGCAAAGACCCUUUUCCUUCAUCGGCGUUUGCUAUUCUUCCUGCCAGUGCUUGUCGCUUUCACUUACACUUGCCACAGCCAGCCUCGUGAGUGCCUGGCCUGGUUUGACCUUUGCUUACCAUGAUUGUGUGACCUUGGUAUCGGCUACUUGGGAAGUCCCACCGUCGUGGCAAAGCUUUGUUUGCGUGCUGUGCUCCUAUUUUCUAUGGAUGUUUAAGUAAACCACUUUCUUUUCUUACACAAUGACACACUCAUACUUAUCAUUCACUGUUACUGAUGUGCUCUGUUAGUAAGCAUGCAGGAAACCUGAUGAAUGAAGAAAUGCCCACACUUGCCAACAUCUUAAUAAAUUAUGAGGUAUGACAUCACUUGAAUGGUUUCCUUGGACUAUGCUUCCAUUAUUCUAAUUCUGUAAUAAAAAGAAAUUUUGUCCAAAAAGACUGUUGUUGUUAUUUCUUCUAAUAAGUAACAUAGUUAACAUAAUUAACUUUCAAUAUGCGCUCAUUACACACGUGCACACUCUUUGAUGAUCUAUGGACCAGAGCUUGAAAGACAGGAGGAGCAGCCGAACAAAGUGUAUUUGUAGGAAAGCCGUAAGAGCUAUUGAAACGCUGUUUUCGCAGGUUGAAAGGUUAGGGUCUCCACCAAAGGUCAGAGGUCAAAUAACAUUUGUAUCUCAAAAUGUGACGUCACAGUCAAGGUCCAAAGAUGGUGUGCGCACUUGUCUGUGGUCAUUUCCCAUUAUAAUGAAUGGGAGGCGCAGUUUCUACCAAAACACUCGCUGCAGACAAACUUCAUGUCCUAUUUGAAAAAAGUCUGGACCAUGAGUGAGGGCACAAACACAGCUAGGAUAUAUCCAAAUGGCAGGUUGCUCCUCGUUACGGUGUUGCCGGGAGAGUGAUGCGAUUGAGCCAUUGAGUGAUGGGCAGGAAAAACUUGACUGUUUCUCCUGCCAUGGGGGUUGGGGGAUGGGGGGGGGGGGGGGGGGGGUGGAUUCUUUUAAGAAUGUGGAUAUUUGGGUCAUCUUUGGCGCCCCCUAGAACGUAAACCGUGGGGUGCAGCGUCAUGAUUUUUACAACUUUGAAUGGCCAUGGGGUGUAGAUUGGCCUGAGCAAAUUUGGUGUCAGUGGGACGAAAGCCUUAGGAGUAGUUAGCCACAUUCCAAUGUGUGUGAAUCGGCAAAAAAUGCGAAAUAGCCCUUUAACCGUACAUUUUACAGAUACGCGCGCAUUGACUUUUUCGUAGAUCUUAUUGAGAUACAUGUGAUUGUCAAAUUUUGUGUCAAUAUGACAAAGCGUACAGGUAUGACAGUCAACAAUGUGUUUUUUCACCUUAUGGGACAAGAAAAAAUGGACUUUUUUCUCCUGCCAUGGGGGGGCGCUCUUUUGGGGAGUAAAAAUUCCUUCACAAAUGUGUUGAUGGCUGGACAUUGCAUCAUCCUAGAAAACUUGGAGGCCAGUGAGGACAAAAAUAAAAAGUUAUAAGACUUUGAAAUAUGUGGAUUUUAGGGUUAUCUUUGGCUCCCCCUAGAACCUAAACCGUGGGGUGCAGCGUCAUGAUUUGAAUAACUUUUAAUGGCCAUGGGGUGUAGAUUGGCCUGAGCAAAUGUGGUGCCGGUGGAACGAAAGCCUUCGGAGGAGUUAGCGAAAUUCCAAUGUGUGCGGAUCGGCAAAAAAUGCGGAAUAACCCUUUAACCUUACAUUUGACAGAUACGCGCGCAUUGACUUUUUCGUAGAUCGUAUUGAGAUACAUGUGUGUGUCAAUUUUUGUGUCAUUUUGCCAAAGCGUACAGGUGUUACACUCAACAAUGUGUAUUUUCACCUUAGGGGACAAGAAAAAAUGGACUUUUUUCUCCUGCCAUGGGGGGGCGCUCUUUUGGGGAGUAAAAAUUCCUUCACAAAUGUGUUGAUGGCUGGACAUUGCAUCAUCCUAGAAAACUUGGAGGCCAGUGAGGGCAAAAAUAAAAAGUUAUAAGACUUUUAAAUAUGUGGAUCUUAGGGUUAUCUUUGGCGCCCCCUAGAACCUAAACCGUGGGGUGCAGCGUCAUGAUUUGAAUAACUUUUAAUGGCCAUGGGGUGUAGAUUGGCCUGAGCAAAUGUGGUGCCGGUGGAACGAAAGCCUUCGGAGGAGUUAGCGAAAUUCCAAUGUGUGCGGAUCGGCAAAAAAUGCGAAAUAACCCUUUAACCGUACAUUUGACAGAUACGCCCGCACUGACUUUUUUGUAGAUCUUAUUGAGAUACAUGUGUGUGUCAAUUUUUGUGUCAUUUUGACAAAGCAUACAGGCGUGGCAGUGAAUAGUGUGAAUUUUCACCUUAGGGGGCGCUAUGGAGCCAUUUUGCAUUUUCUUGUUUGGGCGACUUCAGAAUAUCAAAUUUUUCACCAGGCCCGGUCGUCCUGCCAAAUUUCAUGAGUUUUCGCCAGUGGGAAGUGGGCCAUUUUCCAGUUCAAAGGGGAGGAAAAAUAAUAAUAAUAACAAAAGAAGGAAACUACAGGAACAAGAGGGCUCUCGCAGCUGCUUAGCAGCUACGCUCGGGCCCUAAAGAAAGAAAGAAACAAAGAAAAACCACUUGGGGAAUAAUAGGGCCUACGCCCGGCUGCUCUGCAGCUGGCUCGGGCCCUAACUAGGGCCCCGGUGGGGCACUGUCGGGCCCGAGCCGCGUCGCGCCGCCCCCAGCGCGACCGCCUCCACCUCCCGAUCGCGUCACACUCUAGGUCCAAAGAUGGAGUGCGCACUUGUCUGUGGUCAUUUCCCAUUAUAAUAAAUGGGAGGCGCAUCUUCUACCAAAACACUCGCUGCAGACAAACUACAUGUCCUAUUUGAAAAAAGUCUGGACCAUGAGUGAGGGCACAAACACAGCUAGGAUAUAUCCAAAUGGCAAGUUGCUCCUCCUUUCGCUUUUGCCGAGAGAGCGAUGCGAUUGAGCCAUUGAGCGAUGGGCAGGAAAAACUUGACUUUUUCUCCUGCCAUGGGGGGAGGGGGGGGGGAUGUGGAUUCUUUUAAGAAUGUGGAUAUUUGGGUCAUCUUUGGCACCCCCUAGAACGUAAACCGUGGGGUGCAGCGUCAUGAUUUUUACAACUCUGAAUGGCCAUGGGGUGUAGAUUGGCCUGAGCAAAUUUGGUGUCAGUGGGACGAAAGCCUUAGGAGGAGUUAGCCACAUUCCAAUGUGUGCGAAUCGGCAAAAAAUGCAAAAUAGCCCUUUAACCGUACAUUUUACAGAUAUUUGCGCAUGACUUUUUAAUAGAUCUUAUUGAGAUACACGUGAUUGUCAAAUUUUGUGUCAUUUUGACAAAGCGUACAGGCGUGACAGUCAACAAUCUGUAUUUUUACCUUAUGGGACAAGAAAAAAUGGACUUUUUUCUCCUGCCAUGGGGGGGCGCUCUUUUGGGGAGUAAAAAUUCCUUCACAAAUGUGUUGAUGGCUGGACAUUGCAUCAUCCUAGAAAACUUGGAGGCCAGUGAGGACAAAAAUAAAAAGUUAUAAGACUUUUAAGAAUGUGGAUUUUUGGGUUAUCUUUGGCGCCCCCUAGAACCUAAACCGUGGGGUGCAGCGUCAUGAUUUGUACAACUUUUAAUGGCCAUGGGGUGUAGAUUGGCCUGAGCAAAUUUGGUGCCGGUGGAACGAAAGCCUUCGGAGGAGUUAGCGAAAUUCCAAUGUGUGCGGAUCGGCAAAAAAUGCGAAAUAGCCCUUUAACCGUACAUUAUACAGAUACGCGCUCUUUGACUUUUUUGUAGAUCUUAUUGAGAUACACGUGUGUGUCAAAUUUUGUGUCAAUAUGACAAAGCGUUCAGGCAUGACACUCAACAAUGUGUAUUUCACCUUAGGGGACAAGAAAAAAUGGACUUUUUUCUCCUGCCAUGGGGGGGCGCUCUUUUGGGGAGUAAAAAUUCCUUCACAAAUGUGUUGAUGGCUGGACAUUGCAUCAUCCUAGAAAACUUGGAGGCCAGUGAGGACAAAAAUAAAAAGUUAUAAGACUUUUAAGACUGUGGAUUUUUGGGUUAUCUUUGGCGCCCCCUAGAAUGUAAACCGUGGGGUGCAGCGUCAUGAUUUGUACAACUUUUAAUGGCCAUGGGGUGUAGAUUGUCCUGAGCAAAUUUGUUGCCGGUGGAACGAAAGCCUUCGGAGGAGUUAGCGAAAUUCCAAUGUGUGCGGAUCGGCAAAAAAUGCGAAAUAGCCCUUUAACCGUACAUUUGACAGAUACGCCCGCACUGACUUUUUUGUAGAUCUUAUUGAGAUACACAUGUGUGUCAAAUUUUGUGUCAUUUUGACAAAGCGUACAGGCGUCAGGUGAGUUUUCACCAUAGGGGGCGCUAUGGAGCCAUUUUUCAUUUUUUUGUUUUGGCGACUUCAGAAUAUCGAAUUUUUCACCAGGCCCGGUCGUCCUGCCAAAUUUCCUGAGUUUUCGCCAGUGGGAAGUGGGCCAUUUUCCAGUUUAAAGCGGAGGAAAAAUAACGAAAGAAGAAUCCAUCAGGAACAAGAGGGCUCUCGCAGCUGCUUAGCAGCUACGCUCGGGCCCUAAUAACAAAAGAAGGAAACAUGCAGGAACAAGAGGGCUCUCGCAGCUGCUUAGCAGCUACGCUCGGGCCCUAAUAACAAAAGAAGGAAACUACAGGAACAAGAGGGCUCUCGCAGCUGCUUAGCAGCUACGCUCGGGCCCUAAAAAUCCUCACUUGAGGAUUUCAGGUUUUCACAGUUCAGAUUCAGCGACUUACUUUUGCAUAGGGAGCACUUUGUACAACCUUGAAUUUUGUGAGAGUAUAACUGUUAGUGUGAAGAAUUUAGGUUUAAAUAUACAAAGCAUGGUCCUUAAAACAACCCAGGAUAAGAACCAUUGGACUCUGAACUGUAUAGUAAACACUGGGACCUGUGAUGGAGAACACAGGGUUUACUGGUUCAGAAGCUCAGAGGAGUCUCAUCCAGGAAUCAUUUACACACACGGAGGCAGGAGUGACCAAUGUGAGAAGAAACUUAACUCAAAAUCACACACUUGUGUCUACAAUUUGGAAAUGGACAACCUGAAUCAGUCUGAUGCUGGGACCUACUACUGUGCUGUAGCUUCAUGUGGACGGAUACUGUUUGGAAACGGGACCAAGCUUGACUUUAAAGGUGAGUCUCUUCCGAACGGACACAGUGAUAAUCAGUCUAGUUAGUUGGAUAUUCAAUAAUAAUGAAUAAGGCUAAGCUUAAAUAUUUUGUAACAUCCUCUGCAGAUGACCGAUUCUCUCCCAUCUUGGUGUACUUCUUGAGUGGAUCGUUGGCAUUUACCAUCAUGCUGCUUGGUCUGCUGGUGUCAUUAACACAUAUUUGUUCAGACAACAACACAAACUGCUGCCUGGGUACAGGUAGGUUAAUCCAACAAGCACGUCUAAUUGUGUAUUUAAAAAGAAAAAUACUGAAUUAAUGAUGUUUGAUCAUUAAAAUAACAUAAAAUUCAGAAAAUAUGUUUCAGCCCUAUAUAUACACAGCCACAUGAUUUGCAGGUCUGAUGCCCUCUUGUCUUACUAGUAUUUAUAUAAAGAGGAAGCUGGCCCUUAAUUCCUUAGCUUAAAGCUGAUUAACUUAUCAGUCUCUUUUAAACUAGUAAGUUUUAAAGUAAUGGUUAUUCUCUCAAUAAGCUUUUAAUUACUGCGUAUUCAUGGCAAAUAAAGCUGCUAUACAAUAAAACCCAUUUUAAUUAUGUUCAGAUUCCCACGAGACAGUCAUUCUUCCUUCGUAAGACUCAAUAAAAAUGGUCAAUUCUUAUGUCAUAGAACACAAUUACGAUUUUUAACAGAGUCCUAAUGACUUGAAAUUAAUAGAAAAUAUCUAAUGUUUUCCAUUCUAAAGAGACUGAUUCACUGUUAGUUUGACUCUUAUUAAUCCACAGUGAACAGAUGAAUUUGGAGUAGAGCUGUUGUAUUGGGUUGCAUUAGGUUGCCCGGGAGGCAAUUUAUUAUUAGAACUGGUCAGAGUUCAGUAUCUUUGUAAUCCUGCACACACCAAUAAUUGUCAGCUGUAAUAAUAUCACAAGUUUAGACCACCACUAAAGGAGAUAUUUCUUCUUUUGGUGACAUUGUUUUUCUUCCACUGCACACCUACAGCAGUUUUAUUUUGCUUCUGUAAAUUUUAUUUUAUUUUAUUUUUAAAGAGUGCUUAACUUUUGUUUGUUAUUCUUUAGUUUCAUUUGUUUUUGGUAUUUUUUUAAGAUGGGACACUCACCAGGGAUGGUUUUCCCUUGUCAGAAAUGAGACAUGUUAAAAUUAACUACAGUAUAUGGUGAGUCUUAAACCUAAUACAGACAGGAUCUAUGUUUGCGUAAGCUAUCGGCCAUAACCAUGGAGAGUUUGUGAGAGCAGAGUGUUUAAAGCAUAGACUGUGAAUGGACAGAGUCUGCCUCCUCACGGGGUGAAGCCACUCCGAGAACAGCACCCUCUGUUGAUGGGCUGCAGUAUAGGUCAUAAAGUUUAUGGGGCUGUGGACCAACUUCAGAAAUUUAUAACACAGAACAUGCAUUUUUCUCCCCCCUGGUCGUGAUGUUGAAAUGUAGUUAUUGUAAGACUGGUUUGUGCUCAAGUCCUCUUUUUUUCUGUGAAGCUCCGUUUUUAAAGUUAUUAGGGGGCUCAUGUUUGCCAUGAUUGACACCUGAUACAGCCUAUGGGCGUUCAGGGAUUGAGUAGCUCUCCCGGCGGAUACACUGUUUGAGCCGAGCGUCAUCACAGCGACUCUCUGCAACUGCACGGCCGAAUGCGCACAACGCUACUGCACAGCGCUGGUUUCACGAAAUAAAGAAAAAAUCCCGGAAAUACCGAGAGCUAUUUGGCUUCAAAUCCGUGUACAGGCGGCAGGCGGAACCAAGUUGUCCAUAAUAUAUACAGUCUAUGGUUUGAAGCCAUGGAGUUGCACAUAUCAUUUUGGGGAACUGCAGAAAAGGCACGGCAAGUUUAUUUGUAUAGCAUAAUUCAUACACAAGACAAUUCAAAGUGCUUUACAGAUACAAGACGAUAUUCUAGAAAUCAAAAAAGGGACUAAAGGGGUUAAAAAUCAAUAAGACAAACAGAUAAAUUUUUUCAUCUGUUCCAUGUUUGACCUUACUUUUUAUGAAAAUCAUCAUUUACUGGGAAAAUGAAAUAAAUCACAAGCUUUUGGACAAGGAUCAUGGCAUGUAUCAUGGCACUUCUGCCUCCUCCCCACAAUGACCGUGCAUAAUGCUGUGUCAGUUUGCAUGUGCCUUUCAAACAUGCUAAGUUUAUUUUAUUAAACACAAGUUAACCUGCAAAAACUGAAACUUUAAAAUCAUGUUGCUUUUUCACAUAUUUUAGAGGCUCAACAGUCACCUAAUUGUAUCCAAAUUAGCAGGAAAUAUACCACAGAAAGGCAAAACAACCUGCUGUGAGCAUGUUGUUUGUUUGUUGCUGCACUACGCAGCUGCCAUGCUCCAAAUACGCACCCUGUGUGCGAUAGACAUCGCUGUUCGAUGGAGCAGAUACACGACGCCGAUGGAACAGGUUCAACACGAACCAUGUAUCUUUUUGGCUUUACACCCCAGUCAAAUGGGCCACCCCAGUCAAAAAGAUCUUGAUGCGCCCCUGCUUGUUUGGUACCUCAUCUUGAGUAAUUUUAGCUCAUCAACACACAGAUCCAUGCUGAAAAAAGGGUGCUGCUCCAGGGUGCGAAUAUCUCUGUGUCAGAAACUGAAAGUUAAGGGCCCCUGUCUGUAAUUUUAUCUCAUUUUAGUUAGGUUCAAUACAAUUUUAGUUUAUCCUGUUCUGUUAAGCUGCAGGGGGGGAGUUCUGUUAAUGAAAAUGUUUUUGACACUUUAUUAUUUUGGAAUUUUCUACUUUACAUUAAGGACAAUAACCUUGCUCCACUGAAUAGGAAUAGAGUCUGUGUAUCUUAAUAGACAACAGGUCAACUGCGCAAUAGCUGUGUGCUGACUGGAUCAACUAAGAGGACGCAACUUCGGAGUAGGGGACCAGUGUGGAUAAGAUAGUAUCAUACUAACAAUGAAUUUCCAUUUUAAGUUGUGUUGUUGUGACAUAAGAAUAAGCUAUAUCUAUCAAGAUUUAUAAAGGAAGAAUGACUUUAGUGGUACUUCCACCUUAAUCAGCCCUUAUUCAGCAAAUUAUAUAAAGAUGGUAAUUCGUGCACAACUUUCUUAAUAGCCUUUAACAACAGUAAUUAGAUGGUAACAAAAGUAAACAACUUGAUUAAUAACAUACUUGUAGCAAAAUAUAGUCAAACAAGGUCAAAAGUGCCUUUAAGAGGCUAAUCUAGAGCCAACAUGCUGCAUCUUUACGUACUACGAAGUGACUAACUGAAUGUUGAUAUGUGUCUCAUAGUAUGAAGUGUGACCAAAAUGCCUCUAGAUUAGAAAUGCUGUUUCUCUGCCAUUAAAUGAUCAACUGUAACGAAGAAAUCCUUCAACCACAAGAUCAAAAAAUGUGUUUUUAAUUCUUUGACACCAGACGCUCAGGUGAGGCCUUCAAGUGGCUCCAUCCUCAAAGCAGAGGUGAGUGUGAAGAACAAUGAGGAACGAGAACUUGUGUAUUAUCAGGUUUAAUAGAUAAAAUAUCAGCACUAAGCUCCAUUUUUCAGUUUUACAUUCCUACCUUUCUUUGCUACAGCUUGAAAUACAAAGAUGAAAACAAGACAGUAAAAGUUCUUUAUUCAGAUCGUUUUAUCAUUUCAUGGCUUGAUAAACAUGCUCAUGAUCAUGAUACUGAAUGAUAUAACUAGUUGUUUAAAUUUCAUUCCCAGGGUUUCAAAGAUGCAGGUGAUGCCACCUGGAGUGAAUGUGUGUACUACACACUCAGGCGGUAAACUGGACUGGUACCAGAGUUUCAGGGAAAGACAAGAAUCUCAUAGAUUCCCCUUCCAGGACCUCAAACUCCUCCAGCUACAGCUAAACUAUGUUUCUCUGAAAUGACUCUGAUUCUGUUUCCUCUCAGACACACAACUUACAUAGCUAAUAUCUGGGGUUACUGUGGGCUGGUAUAACAAUGUCAAUGCAUGCUGCUCAGAGCAUGGACGCCUUUUUUUUUCACAAAUAAAACCCUCAUCUGGACAAUAUGAACACAUGAAAAGUCCCACCCUUGUCUUUUGGUCACUGUUUGCGGUUACUCAUUUAAUCAGCUGUGCUAUGUGCUCUCUGAAGCUACUUUGCUCUGUUUGACUGCAGGGUUUGAACAGGCUACUUUCAUGCAUCGCAGCAAGUCACUUUUGACCCUAUUCAAACACGAUAGGGGUUGUUUGUGCACAGUAAUAAUAAGAAGCAAAAGGUUUGUGUUAAGUCCAUAUCUCUUAACAUCAGUGAAUGCUUCAAGUUAAAUUUUAAUCUACACAUUUUGUCUUUUAAUAUUAAGUUACAAAAUGUUGCUCUAAUUUGCUUCUUUAAUCUUUUUGUUGUUAUUAUUAGUCUACUAGAGACUCUAAAUUCAAAGUUGUCAACAAGUCAAGAGCAUAGAUUUGAUUCACCGUCUACCAUCAUUGUUUCUGUAAGGAAAGACAUUUCCCUUUGACUCUGCCCCAUUAAGUUUAAAUACAUAAAUGAACGUUUUAUAACACAGCUUUUAUCUAUAACCAGUUUUUAUCCAUAAAGUGUUGAAUUACAAUUAUAGUUCUCUAUAGACCAUAUUUUUGUCAUUUUUGCUUAGCAGUGUUUUUUUUAAAUGACCUGUGCUGUAAAAUGUGCAAAAUAAAAAAUAAACAUUAAUCCUGAACAUUAUGUGUUCAUAUUAUUUCAGGCUGUUGGAUAAUUCAAUGAACCGCAGUCUUAUAGUAAAGAUUGAUUUGUCUCAUCAUGUUUCCCCUGGAUAAUAUUUGCAAAUAAUGUUUUUGUAAACCCCAACAAUAAGAAAAAAUUGGAUGGAGUUAACAAAGAUGGAUAUACUAUAGUCACUGUGUUACUGUGUUUUGUGAUGUUUUGGUCACUUUAGCCAGUGUUUAUUUUCUUGACAGAUUUUAUAUAAAAAUAGACUGUAAAGUUGCCUGUGCUUAAUUUGUAAAAUGGGUGUACUGGCCCUUUAAAUUCAACUUCAAGCUUUCCUGCUCAGUUGCAGUUCAGCUCAUGGCUGUUGGGGGGCCACGUUGUGCGCAGAAAAAGAUCAGACAGAGCAGUUUCAUAGACUUGUCCUGCUGGCUCUAAAGAUUGACGUGUGUGGAGGAAAUUUCAUGGUCACUAUUGGUAAACGUCUUGUCUCGCAUUAUCAGAGCUCAGAGGAACAGUCAGUGCUGCUUCUGUCUUUAUUUUUAACAGCUGAUCAAAAUUUUAAAAGAAACAACAAAGGAGUUACACCACCUGUAGUCACUAUAUCUAAUCAUGGUUUGUAUUUUCAAAGUUGCAAAUCAAGUACUGCAACUCCCCUCGAUAUCAAUAAAAAAACAAAGUUGAAUAAAAGUACAUUUGUGUGCAUUUUAGAGACUUUUUACAAACACACAUGAAGACAGAGCUGUGUGUCUAAGUCAGGUGAGGUUAAAAAAAGUCUGGGUUCCCGCUCUGGUCAAAUCCACUCACGUCAACUGCAACCGAAGUGGCUUUGUCCCCCUCCACUCCCUCUCUGACAGGAUGUCUAUGUGGUUUUGUUUGUUUGUUUCAGCUGCUUCUCAUGAACUUCUGCUUUGCACCAUGCACUCGGUCUAGUGCAUUGAUCUUCACUCUUAAGCUUGAUGAUUACUCAAAAAAAUGAUGCAUGAGAACUAGUGUAUCACAUCACAAUGAAGAAGAAAUUCUGGAGGAGGAGUGAAGGAGGAGUUUAAGGUGUGCGAGGGCUGCAACUGUAGCUGCACGUUUGUCUUCUUUUGUAAGAGACCAUCAGUAAAAGUCGCUGUGCAAUGACACUCGGCUAACACUUCAUCUCUUUGCAUCAGAGUGUGGAGGAGCAGAAAUGACCAAAAUAGGCUGAGGACUCAUCUCCACACUGAAGCAAAAAACAAUCCUCUGUGGUUGUUUGCGGUUUGAACAACCGUCCUCUGUUCAUGGGCUCUUACUGUCAGACAAACUUGUUGGUGCUGCUUGCAACAUCACUUCUGCAGCUGUUUUUGUCACUCUGCAGACAUUUCUGAGCACAGUUUGAAGGUGUCGUCCCCAUAUACCAUGAUCUGCUAACUGUGAGAUCAGUGUUAGUCAGUCUUUUUGUAGUUUCCACACAGAAUACUGUAUCUACUGAAACCACAAGUAUACAAAGAGCUUAAUGAUGAUGGUUAUUCUUUGAAUAUUAAAGUAGUGCUCAUGCCUUGUGAAGCAGAUUUUGCACUCUUUUGUCCCCACAGUGACCACAGUGAUGGUUCAUUGCAGCUGUGAUAGGUGCAUAUCAGACUUUAGCUUUAUGGGGCCUAAAUCAAACAAACUCAAACCCUGUGAGGAACUUUCAAAUUGUGCCAAAUAUUUGCUUUUUGCCAGCUGUGUAAUAAAAGGGCAUCUUCUGGAAAAAAAAAUCUUUAUCCUUUUGACUUUAAGAAUUGAAUGCAUCAUUUAUUGUGAAUUGUGGAAACUAAAAACACAGGGCUGCCCUCUCACCAGUUUAAAAAUUACAAUAUGAAAAUCGUUCAAACCUUUUUGCAGAGGGUCUUGUUUGCCUUCCUUUAUCAUAAGAGGAGAUAGACCUGAAUUUCUGUCUAAUUCACACACAUCAAAAAACUCCUCACAGGAGCUUUAAGUACAGUUGUAAAGAUGUCCAGGUUUACUGUCUGACACUGGAGUAAACACAUUCACUCCUGACGUCCUCCCUCGGUCUUGUUGACCUUGUGACUUUGCCCUUCCUUAAAGCAGCAUAAUGGAGGCUGUCUGCCUCCUGUUCAUCCUGGUAAUGAUAUAAAAUAAACAGAUAAAACAGAUUAAGAAAAUAUUGAAAGUAUCAACAUCCAUAACAGUAAAUAUAAGGUACUGCUGCAGAGUAUGUAGAUUCAUAGGUUUGGCAAAAUCGUAAAAGCUUUGAAUGCAGUUUUUGAUAUAUUGAACUAAAAAUCAUACAGGUGUUGCUUUAAAAUGUAUCACAGUGGGAGAACUUUUGAAAUACUCACUGCUACAUUGACAUUUGAGGCCGCUGGAGUUCCUGCUUGAUGGUCUGCUGUGGAACAGAAAUUCCAUUAAAAACACAUCUGUUACGCCUGACUCUGUGCUAAAGAUAUUGGAUUAAGGCCCUUAAUUAUUAUUAGGUGGACUUUAAAUGUUUCCACUCUCAUUCCCUUUAGGAGUCAGGUGUGCCUUUCACCCUUCCAGGACUUUGUGGUUCCUAUAUGCAGGCCAGCUCAUUAUACAUAAAGUCUCUUAAAGUGGUCUGGGAGGAAGAGUAUUCAGUUUCCAGGCCCUCUCCUCUGGAAUCAUGUACCAGUCGAGGUAUGUGUGGGGGCAGACACCCUCUCUACUUUAAGAGUAGAUUAAACUUUUUUUUUAUUUUUUAUAAAGCUUAUUGUUAGACAUGGUCCAGUCCUGGUCCAGCUCUUAGUUAUUCUGCAAUAGAUUAGACUGCUGGGGUUACUGGUACAUUGAGCACAUUUCCGUCCUUCUCCAUCCCCUUUCCGUCUAUGUCAUUAACUUUGGAUCAUCAAGUCUUAUUGUAUUCUCUAAAACAUAGUCUUUUUCUGGGAGUCCCUGAGCUCCAUCAUGCUGUUGAUUCCUCUGGAUCACUGCCGCUGACAUUUAGCUGCUGUGGAUCUGCCGACUUUCCAGCUGCCUCAACUACGUGCAUCAGUCUCUCCUCAGUCCAUCUGUCUCUUUCUCCAUCUCCCUCUAUCUAAACCCAGCUCAGUUUCAGCAGAUGACUAACAUGAGUCCUCUCCACUGUAACUUGCUAAAUGCUGUAAAAUGCUUCACUCAUGGUUGAAGAUGGGACAGAAGACAGUGCUCAAUUUCAUCCCAUCUUUACGUUGGUUCUUUCUAAAUAGAGUAUGGUCCAGACCAAAUCAGUCAAGUGGUUCUUUGAACAAUUACUAUCAGAUGUUAAAACAACAACUGUUAAGCCUACCUGUGCAUUUACAGCAGCUUGUCUUGUACAAUGUUGAAGCUUUGUAAGCCAGGAAAACAACCAGCAUGGUGACGAAGGCCAAAACUGCACUCAAGAAAUACACCAAAGCAAGAUCGUGAUCUGCAGAUGAACAGAGGAAACCAUUAGCUUUUUCAGUCAAAUCUCCACAGUUACACUUCAAUCAUUAAAUGCGUACCUUUAAAAUCCAGCUUGGUCCCAUUUCCAAACAGGAUGUGUCCACACGAGACGACAGCGCAGUAGUAGGUCCCAGUGUCAGAAAGAUUCAAGCUGUAGACGCAGGUUUGUUGGUUGUAUCUCCUCUCACACUGAUUGUUUCUCCCUCCAUGGGUGUAAAUGAGUCCUCGAUGAGACUCCUCAGAGUUUCUAAACCAGUAAACACUGUGUUCUCCCUCACAGGUCUCAGUUUGGACAGUACAGUUCAGAGUCACAGAGCCCCCUGGCUGGAUGGUCUCAGAUCCUGGCUGAUGGAUGAUGGUUGGAACCUUUAAACCUAAACUCUUUACAUGGACGAUAACACCUCCAAUAAAUUUGAAUCUGUAAGAAUAGCCACUCAAGCAGUAGUAUGUAGCCGCAUCAGAAUUUUGAACAUUUGAGAUCUUCAGGUGGUUUUUACCAACGUCAGUAUCCAGUUCAAAGCGUGGGUUGUUGUUAAAUUCGCCGAUCAGGGAGCCAUUUUUGUUAUGCUUGUAAAAUUUAGACACAAGCUCUGGUUUCUGUCCCAGAGUUUGUUUGUACCAGUAAAACAUCACCGCUACACUUUCCUCAUAGAAACAUUUCAAGGUCACGUCUUCAUUGAUAUUCACUGAAAGGAAAUGCAAAGGUGAUGACAGAUCCAUGGGUGUUGAUCCUACUGAGGAGAAAAUACAGACCAAGUAAGUGUGUACAGUAAGUCCAUAUAAUAAGUGACAGCAUCUUUUACAACACUUAAGUGUAACUGACCACAUCAAAACAUGCAGAAAAGAGACUAAAUGCUCUUUGAAAUUAUACUGCUUACCCACAUUUCCUAUGAGCAGAUAUGCCACAGACAGAACAAACUUCAGAGGUGUCAUUUUGUCAAAGUUGCUGGAGUUCUGUGAGAGGAUCUACAAAUGAUGUCUACUCUUUAUGGACACGAUGUCAUUUAUCUGGCCAAUCAGAGGAGGUCACAUGGUAAGUGAUCACAUGCAGAUAUGCACACACAUGCGCAUUCUAGAAUCAUAAACAGAGGGGUAUUUUAUCUUUUGAAACUGAUGAAUACUGUUGAAAAUAGAGCACAACUGGGCGUGGUUUUGAGUGUCAGUAGAGGAGGGACCAGACUUUAAGUACAGACCCCCUGCUGUAGACCUCACUUCUAUCACAGGCUGUAUCUUUGUCCAUUUUUGUUCUUCGUGACUUUAUGAGGGAUUUAUCUCCUUUUUCUAUAAGGUUUGAAACGAAUCAAAAUAGUGUCUUUGAUGCUUUUGGACCAGAGUUAGCUUGGAGCUCAUCACAAAUGACGAUGUGAUCCAUAGCAACCACUUCGCAAAAAUGCUUAUAUGAGACACUGUGUAGUCCAUUUACCCAGUGAAACACAGUUUUUGGCAAACUAGAAAAAGUGGUGACCAUAGCACACACAGCAUUGAGAACUAAGGAGAUGUUAUUAUGUAUUAUUCUGUGUUUCCAUUAAAUGUUUUCGCAAAAUAAAAGCGAUGUUUAUCAAAUUUCGACAAAGUACAAUUGCGAUUUGCAGGUGUUUCCAUUGAAUGGUGUUCAGUGCAUAAGCGAGCCCUCUGCCUCUCGCGAGCCGUGUUUGAAUGGCCGUUUCCUGGCAACGAGGUAAACUUCCUGCCCGUGCGACCUUGUAUUCCUUAAGCCUUUUUGCACACCAACAUGGACGAGACACAAAACAUUUUGCGUUUUGGAGCAGCUAUUUCUGUGACCAUUACCGCUGUUGCCCCUGCUGUCAUUAAAAGACGAAGGCAGCGGGUGAUAAUUCAAAGGCAAAGCCCGUAUGUAUGGGAGCAGACACGUAUGAGGGAUUUCUGGGAGAGGAUCGUUAAUGAGGAAUUCACAGACGAAUUGUGGAUUCAAAACUUCAGAAAAAUACAAUUACAAUUCAAAACUUCAGAAAUAACUCUGUCUCCUCCCCCGUCCACACAUACCGCGCCAUCUUUGCUUGAAAUGAACUGGUCACAUGACCCGCUUCGUCACGUCCGGUGACAGAGAAUUGCAAGAAUAGUGUUUCCAUUACACUUUUGCGAUAUACUUCUAUAUCGACACGUCUGAAAAACCACCUCAUGAGAGCGUAAAAACUUUUUAGGGAUAUUUGAGAGGUUUUUCGAAAUUUAGGUGUUUCCAUUACCAGUUUUCGAUUGCGAUAUUUAGGUUUUGCGUUUUACCCGGUUUCAUGGGUAAUGAAAACGCAACUAAUGAUACCAAUGCCAUUAUUUAAUAUUUUUGUGGGAUUGUACAUGUGGAAAAAGUAGGUCAAAACAGGUUUACGUUGUCGUCGUUUUCUUCCGCUUCACCCAGGUCCGGGUAGCGGGGGCAGCAGCUUCAGGAGGGAAGCCCAGAAGGCCCUCACCCCAGCCACUUCCACCAGCUCCUCUGGGGGGAUUCCCAGGCGCUCCCAGGCCAGGCGAGAGAUAUAAUCCCUCCACCUGGUCCUGGGCGGGCCCCGAGGUCUCCUCCCGGUGGGACAUGUCUGGAACACCUCUAACGGGAGGCGUCCAGAAGGCAUCCUAACCAGAGGCGAAGGGUCAGACUAAGAACGGUUCAGAAGACCCUCAUGGAAAACAACAAAGGGAAACAGUGUACCCGGCCCGGAGUGACACCGGGGCCCCACCCUGGAUUGGGGCUCGCUGGCGAGCGCCUGGUGGCCGGGCCUGCACCUAUGGGGCCCGGCCGGGCUCAGCCCGAACGAACCAUAUGGGCACAGCCUCCUGUGGACCCACCACCCGCAGGAGGAACUUGAAGGGUCCGGUGCUUGACGGAUUGGGUGGCUGACAAAGGCGGGGGCCUUGGCGGUCUGAUCCUCAGUUAUGGAACAGGUCUACGGCAGUUUUAAUAUCACUUUUGAUGGGAUCAUAGAUACAAUCUGAACAAAGAACAAGCAUCUGCACAGUCUCAACUCUGAUGUUCCCUGUCAAAUAAAUCAUCGCUGAAACAGACAUUUUAUCACCAGAGAGCUGUCGGUCUCACAGAGCAAGAGAAUUUUACAUUAAGUCAGUAAGUCAUACUUCCAUAUUAUUAAAGCUGACAUUAUGGCGGCUAACAAUGGCGACUGAGAUGGUCUCCUGUCCCUUUCUGCCAUGAUUACUUCCUCGACUGCUUGGUCAUCGUUAACAUUGACUGCCUCGUGCCAUGUGUGAUGUCAUUGGUAUCAAGAGACACAGAAAUAAGUGAGUAAGCAUCAAGAGUGGAAUGGUUAAGCACACAACUGCACACAUUUCCAACACUGACCUCUGACCUUCUUACAGUAGAAUGCUAAUGAUAUAUAUUAUGGCACAGUAUUAAAACUUUUGGCAGCCAUGUUGCCUUGAACUGAUAACAUUUAAAGGGAUAUUCCGGUGCUUGCUUCUCUAGUCAAACCAACUUCAGUAAUGACUGCACGACAGCAAUAGACAGCGGUCUACGCCUCCAUGCACAAACCUCAACCAAAAAGCCACUCUAUAACCACAAAUGAUGCUCAGAACAGCACCUAACUUCAUCAACAUUACAUAUAGGGUCCCAGCCAUAGUACAGGCACCAAAGAUCUUUUUAGCUUUGCCUGGUUUCUUUAGCAAAGUGACCAAACACGACUCACCCACUCUCCUCCAGCAGCCGCUUGUUUGUGGGGGAACCCUGACAAGUUGAUCACUGAGUGCAGCGAAAAAUUAUGAUUCUUACUUCAUAGAAAUACAAUCAGAGUUACUGUGUAUCUUGUAUGUACACUGCAGAGGCGGUAGUUCUUCUGCCUUAGUGUCUCGGUCUGGCUUAAAUUUACACCAGAAUAUCCCUUUAAUGCUAUUUUUAACAGCAGUAAAGAUUCAUGUUUUUCUUCAGUGCUCUUAGAUUAGUGGACAGGGGCCUGUGGUCAAUACUUCUGUGUGAAUUCACCCUAUUGUGAGCACUGCAUACUUGUCCACUGGAGCAUCCAUGUCACUGUACAACACACACUAGGUGGUCGUGCGAUUUUUAUUCAUAUUGUCGGUUCUUGGUCUCAUCACGCCUCUGCUUGUUUUUGCAAAGGAAACCAUGGCAACUGACAUUAAUUUCAUUUUAUGGGAGCUGGAGCUAAAAAUUGUUGAGCUGCAACUGAUGAUGUUGCAGUUAUUGCAAUGAAGAAAAGACAGAGGGGAGCUUUCUAAAUCAGAGUAGACAACUGUAAUGUUGGAAAUGCAGUAACUAUAACGCUAUCCGGAGAACCAAUCACAGGGCCUGCAGUCGGGAUGUUUUUGAUGCACACAUCGGGUCAUGCACAAUGGCAGGGUUAUGCAAAUUCAUCCAUAGACUUAAUAUGACUUAGAUUUGAUGCAAAAGUACAAAUCAGGCCUCAGCUGGAAGAGCCUCUCAUUGGUUCAUGAGCCCUUGGGUUGUUUUGAACCGGGCUGGUGAGAACCAGUCAGAACGACGUUUAAUUUAAUUAAAAGGUCAAAUCAACCAUAUUUUUAUCUAUUGCAUUUAAGCAAAAGUUUAGAAAUCAAAACAUUUGCUGACCAGGUUCAGUGUGGUUCAAAGCUUCAUAUGCAGAGCAUGCAGGGUGAGAGGUCUUUCCAGUUAAUGAGCUAGUAUGAAAAAAGAAAGAAAGAAAGACAGAAAGAAAGACACAUUUGACAUUAAAAUGUUUUUUACUAGGGUUUCUGAAAAAAAAAGGGGGGACAAAGACUUUAAGGGUGAUAUAAUCUUGAUUUCCUGCAGAUCUUACAAAAACUAUACACUGCCUGCUCUCUGUUUUUCACUUGGUGUCCACAGCUUGUUUCCGGCAUCUCACUCAUGAGCUUGUUUUCACAAAGGGUCUGUGAGAGAAGGUUUGCAAAGGUGUCAGAUGUUGUGGCCUGAAGGCAGCAGAUUGGUCUUCCUGUGUUUAACCUUGGCUAGGACAAGUUUCCAUCGAUGGAAACUUACACACUGCAGUUCACACUACUUUUACCACAGAGCCGAGAAGUGGCUCUGUGAGCUGGCUGCAGACUGAAAGAAGCUACUUGAGUGCACGUACACAGCUCAAGAAGUUAUUUAUAGAUUAGCGGGGGGAUUUUCAUGAGCGUGCUUGUCUUUAUUUGUCUCUGGUAUCAAAAUCUAAGUGCAGACCUCUCUUGCUUUCAUUCACACUUUUUACAAAGCAACAACUUCAGACACAUUGACCAGAGGAAACUGGUCAGUAUUAUCAAAAGCACCUCUUCAUGCAAAGUGACUGAUUUGUCAAACUACCUUAAAAAGCAAUAAAUGUAAAGGCUAAGCACUUCUUUACUCUUUCCUACUCUUCACUCUGGAGUACACACAAUCUAACUCUGCACCUCCCACUUGGUGAUGUCGCUCACUGCUUCUGUUCAGAUUCAGAGCUGCAUAAUGGAUAUCUGCAUCCUGGCCCUGAUAAUGACAACAAGACAAAGACGGAUGUUGUAGGAAAUCUCAUAUUUAAGGAAUAAGUGUGAGUACGUAUAUUUAAGAAAGUUUGCCAUUCAACCUACCACUGCGUCAGAUGUUUCAGAGCCUACCAGAUGAGAAACCAUUCCUGUAAAUCAAAGCACCUGUAUGAUCAAGUCGAUCAAAAACAGAGCAACUUAAAGUUCUUUAACAUCCUUAAAAAUUAUCCUACCUUUGCAGACGGGGCACAACUUAUUUUUCAACCUGUGCACAAUGAACACCAAGAAGAGUAGCACUGUAAUGGAAACUGCCAAUGCCACACUCAGACAAGACACCAGGACAGGGGAACCUGCAGAUCCUCCUAAGAGACAGCAGAGAGAAAGAAAAUCAAAAAUCAUGAUACACUAUGUAACUGUAUGAACUUAUUACGCAUGAUUGUAUAACUUACGCAUAUAUCUGCAAACUGUGCAAGAAGCACACAUUCAUUUCCACAAAUUACAAAUCUGCUUGCACAGAUAAUACACACAGACUGAAAUUUGUCACCGCCGUUAAGAAAUCUUAACUAUAGGCCAUUAAAAAGUGCACACAGAUUGGCAAACCAUGCACAGCAAUUUACACAUGGUCCUUUUUGUCUUGAACCUGGCAACCCCGGGUAGUUCCAUAUAAAUAUAAUGACUAAUAUUCAAUAAACAAAAAUCAUAAAAUCCUUCAGGACAGAUUCCUAAUUCAACUGAUUUGAAACCUGUUUGUGCAGAUUUGCAAACUGCGCAUACCAGUUUGAUUUAGUGAAAUUAGUGCACAUUGAUUACAAAUGCCUUUCUCAGAAGUCAAAAUCUGUCAGCACGGAUUGUGUACUGUUCAUAGAGAUCUGCAAAAUGUAUACACACUUGACCCGUUUUUUAUAGACAUGUCCCCAGAUAGUUAUAUCACAAGAUUCAUAACCUUUCAUAAACUCUUUCAGUCAAUGAACCUGAAAAGUGUAUUUCUUUAACAGUUUUGUUUUCUUUAUCACUUACCUUGAAUCUCCACACUUGUUCCAUUUCCAAACACAAUCUCCCCACAGUGAGCCAGAGCACAGUAGUACAUCCCUGCAUCAGAGGAGCUCACUGACUUUAUAGCAAGGUUCAGGGUACAGUUUUUCAUGUGGGGCUCCUGAUCAGUCUCACAGUGUCCCUCUUUGUGAUACAUGACAGCAGACUGAGCAGCACCAUGUCUGAACCAGUAGAAGCUCUGCUCUCCUGCACAUGCUUCAGCGAAAACUGUGCAGCUUAAAUUUAAAGAGCCUCCCACCUGGAGAGGCUCUAAUGCUGGCUGGUGGACAACAGCUGAGAUGUUUGUCAGGGAUGUUUUAACAUGAAGAAAGACUCCCUCACCAAGUUCAACUGUGUUGAAUCCUAAAAUCCCACAGUAAUACGACGCUGAAUCAGAGGGCAGAAGGUCUCGGAUUGUGAGAUUGGUGGUGCCUUUUUGUGCUUUGACUUGAAACCUCUCUUUAUACCCUGGAGACAUAGAAGCGUCUUGGUUGUGCUUCAUCUGAUUUGAUAUGAUCUCAGGUUUACCUCCCAAGCGUUGCUGGUACCAGUAAAGAUAAGUUACAGCUUCAUCCUGAAAGGUGCAGUUAAAAGUCACUUUCUGCCCAACUCUGGCUGUUAUGAGCCCAUGGUCCUGGGUAACUGCAGUGAUUUCAGCUGUAAAGGAUUGAGAACAAACAUGGUAUUAUUAUUCUUAUUAUUCUCGUUAUCUUAUUACAUUAGUAUCUCUUAGUAUUGUCAAACCUCUGAUAUAUAUAUCAGUGUCUAGAAACAAUGAAAAGAUGGUAAAAUACAAACCUAUAUCGCUGAGGAGAAGAAGAAAAAAGUGAAGUGGCAUCAUGUCUGAAGCUCUGCAGUAAGUCGCCUCUGUGCUGAUAGAUGAAGGAGACGGUGGCUGUUUGUGAUUGGACAAGCUGUCUGAUUUGUUAGUUGGUCAUGUGACUACAUGUUUUGAUUGAGUCUCUUAAGUUGCGUCACUUAUUUUUUUUUACAGAGAAGGACAGUGGGUGUGACAUACACCUCCAGAUUGAAAGAGACAUUUUCAGAAGUCCACGUUGAGUGGAAGUACAGCAUUUGACACAAGUAAGUCUAAAAGUAAUGUAUUUUUAUGGCCUGUCAAGCUCUGAAAGUGCUAUGAUUUUACAAUGAUAGUUUCAGUCAGAAGGUGUGUAUUUUUAAUGGUUGUGCUGGUAUAAAAAAUGUUCAUCAGGAUACACAACAAAAAACAGAUGUAGAUCUGCGCUCCUUCAUGCCAUUUCAUUCUGAUUCCAUCAAACAUGGUUGAGGCUGACUACAUUGUGAGUUUAUUGUUUUUUUGUUUCUGUUGUUGUUUUUUGCAUUUGUAUGCUAUACCAGAUAAGAUAACCUCCUUGUUCCUAUUCCUCAAGGCGAGCCCCCCUUAAAUUCUGUUUCCAUAAAAUAGCUCAGAUAACCGUUGUAGGUACUGGAUCGGUUCGGGCUGCCAUUUCGGCUUAAGGCCUGUUCAAGAUGUCACACUACGGCAAUUCCACUCAGACAAAUUACAUUGCGCUCCAUUAAAUAAGUCAAAUGUACUGGGUUAAAAACCCCUCAAGAAGUCAAAUGUGUGUGAGGACUGGUCCCCAGUCCUCCAGUUUUGCUCCUCUUUGCCCUCCCCUCUCGGGCUGUCUUCCCCCCUUUAUCCACUUCGCCUGAGCGGCGCUGUAGGCUGCUCAGGAUCCCUCUCUUCACUUCCUGCAUGGGUGGCACCGCGGGAGCUGAUCACCUGCUGGAGACCUCACCUGCUGCUAAUUCCGGUCUGAUUACCUGCCUACAAGAGCCCAGGGAGGAAUCUUCUCAGUGCCGGCUGAUUGCCUGACUAAGUGGUUCGUUCACUACGUUUGUGCUGGCCUUAAGCCUCUUCUCCCCUCACGGAGAUUAUCUUGUGCUUCAUUUUUUGAUGACUGUUGUGGAUUCAUGCUCGUUUUACCCCUGGACUAACUCCUUCUCUCUUUCUCGUUUUUUCCAGGUCUCCACGAGCUCCCGCCACCACCACCAUCAUUGCUUUGUUCACUUUUUACUCACAUGUAAAUAAAAAUCACUGUUUGUUGAAAUCCUGAUCUGAUUCAGCCUCUGCUCUGGGUCCACCUAUUCACAACACCUAACAAUGUGCUCGGUUAAAAGCACCUCACGGUUUUCUUUAUUUCUGUUUGUUCAUUCAAUUGAGCUAAAAAUUUUCUCUCCAUAUAAUACAAAGAAUUACGACUUACUGUACUGUAAUUUUUAGAUUGCUUUAAUUGUAUAUGUUUAUUUUUCUAAAGCAAAAAGAAAAAUGUUUUACACAGGAUCUCCUUUUAUCAAUUGAUAGUUAUGCUUUUAAUUCACAUUUCCUUUGGCAACCUUAAGGCAGCGGUAGUCUGGCUGUCUUGAGUCCCCUUUGAUAAAUAGUGAUAGAUUGUUUCAUAAAAUUCUUCCAUGUUUUCUCAGAAGAACUGCAAUCUCAUGAAACCUAAUCCAGGGAAAACCGCUUCUGUAAUGUUCGGACCAACCAUAAUCUUCUACGCCAUUCAAACCAACUUCCAGCCAAUCACAUAGCAUGAUGUCAUCAAUAGGCGCCGGGCCCCAAGCCGAUCUGGCAGCCCAAACACAUCUGUGCUGCGUCCGAACUGCCCGCUCGGAUACUACAUGCUACUGCUACGUGCUACUGCUAGAUCCUACUCCUACAUACUAAAAACGUUGGCCCAAUUCGGACACACUAGACGAGCGGUGGGGAAAGACGACCCCCGCAGGCAGAGAGUAGGUACUGCGCCCGUGCAGACAGUGGUAACUGAAGCCCCUCAUCUGCGGGCCUGGCUGUAGUACUGCAGCUGUGCAGGUUAAUGAUGGAAUAAGUGAGCUUUACCUCCAUGAUGUCGCCACUUGCUCAUAAAAUAAUUACUUGGGCAAAUAUGACACCAUGACAUGACAAAGAGAUACAACCGCACAUUUUUUAGGACAGUGUGUGAAGUUACAUGAAACUCACAUCUGUACUGCUGCGGUCCUGCCUGCUGCUGCUGCUCCGACAUGGUGCGCGCUGCUGUGGCCAGCCGGCGUUCGCGACACUUUUGAAUAGGCAGAGCAGCUGGUGGCGCUAGCAUCACAUGCGCUUCUACAACUUUUAAGAGGACGAAAAAGAAGCCCGCGGUGCAUUUUGGGUCAGUAGCAUGCCCGUAGGAUGCACCGAGACCAACCUACAAUGUAGGCGUGUCUAGCAUCUGAAGUAGUAUCUGAAGUAGCAUGCUACUCGCUCCGGUGGCCAAUUCGGACAUGCUAGAUACUACUUCGACUACUACUUCGACUACUACUUGGCAAUUCGGACGCAGCUCUGGUACCUACACCCUGAACCAUCACCAUCAGUUGGUUCUCCAUUUACUGGAUCUCCACUAAGCUAAUGUUGACAAGUGUCGCCAGGGAAUCUCCAUGCUGAUUACCUGUUGCGACCUGGGGGCCAGGACAGUGAUUCAUACGACAUGAAUGUGUGCCAUUGGCUCCCAUAUCUUUACAUUCACUUUUUUUUUUAAUUUAUUACCAUUUGAUGUGAACAUUGCAUGAGAAAUUAAGCUUAUGCAGAAGACGUAGUAACUGCAGUUCCUUAAAUGCCAACUUGAGGCACCAGAAGCCACUAACUCAUUUGAAUAAAGUAAACAUGUAAAUAGGCUAGUCCAGAAAUCCAUUACUUGAUUACUCUUAAUGCACACACUAGCUGGGUGUAAUGUUUUUAUAACUUAUUAGAUUUGAAGAAAUUUAGGUCGCAAGUUUUGCAAAGUUAGAGGCACGGCAGACACACUGUAGCUGUUGGUGGGGAGGGACCUAAAGGCUGCUUCAGCAGUGGCAGUGUCUUUUAAUCAGUCAUUUUUAACACCUGUUAUCUCAAUAAUAAUAAGCAUGGCGACAAUGGAGGAGUCUCUGGAAUGCUAGUUCAUCAUUUAGUUCAUCAUCUGUGUGAUGAUAACUCGCUACUACUACUUGGUGGGUACUUAGCAUGCGCUAGUCACAGAGUUCAGUUUGGAGAGGUAGUAUGGCUGAAAUGAGGGUUCUAAAAGACACUCAAGUGGGAUAAGUAGCUGUAAAGCUGCUGAGAAGGCUACCUAAAGGACACUGUAAAGCCUGAAAAUGAGCUGAAUACACACUCUCUGAGAUGUCCAAAGAAAACCAGUCAAGAGUAGAUCUAAGGCCAAAGCUCAAACAACUUCAACACCACCAAAUAUCACUUCACUGUAAUCCAAACAAGAGGAAAUGAACAUGUUUGACCCUCACAAGUUUGUGUAACCAAGCUAGCUUGAAAGUAUCAGUGACAGAUACCGGCCAUGUAUUGUACCAAAACAAUCAACAAAGGCAUAAGUGGUAAACAGGAUGUACAUCCAAUGAUGAAAACACUUUCUCUGUACCUUUUAUAUGUACUUUACAACUGCUUCAUCUUUUUACCCUGGGGCAUGUGCAGAGUGCUCGGGCUGGUAUGAUGGCUUUACUCCAGUGUUUUUUCUUUGUUUCUGUCAGUGCAGCAGCUUCUGUGGUUUUCAACAGGAAGUAGAAGUAGUGGUAGCUCUCCCACAAAGAUGCUCCUGUAGUCAAAGACCACAAAAUCACUAAAAAAAAUAAAUAAAUAAAAAAAUAAAAACAGUUUUAUCUUUUGUAAAAAUAUUUAAGGAACAUGCUGAUGAUUGUAAAAGUUUUUAAAACAAACACUACUACACUGUGUAAACCGUGGACAAAAUGCAUUUUGCAUGGGGCAUUUUCUGUCUGACAUGCAAAAUGUGUUUUUUUUUUCAAAUAGCUAUGACCAGAAAUGAUAUAGUUUUAAUAAACUUAAAAAUUAUGACUGAAUAUGUUUUGAUUAUUUCAAAUUUCUGACACCUGUGUUGUAUCUACAUCUACUGAACAUUACAAACGUCUAUCUUACAAUUAAGAUAUUAAUUCAGCACUAUUGUAUGUCAUUAUUCUACAAGUUCUUGUAUCAUACGAAAGUUUAUCAUCAUCUUCACAUUGCUCUUACAAUGAGAAUCCUCCCAUGAAUCAAACCAGACCCCAUAGGUGUCAGCGAGCAUGUGACCUUUUUUCCUUACAUACACACAGUGUCACAUCAUGCUGGCCAAUCAAACACACUCUUGUAUUUGAAGACUGGAGAAAGUAUCCAGAAUCUGUUCAUUCAACACAAGAAUUCAAACAUGACAGCUGCUCAGUUUUUCUGCGCUCUGGUGUGUUUGUUCUUGGGGCAAAAAGGUGAGUUUGGUUUUGAUGGGUCCACAUUUUAUAUUUAGUUUGGGACUUUUUUGUCAUUAUUAUGCUGUUUAGAUUUAACUGACUGAGAAUCUGUUUUCUCUUUUAUUACUUCAGUACAGCCGAUCUCUCAGGAGUUGUCCGUGUCUCUCCGUCAAGAGAAACGAUUAAUGUCGGCUGAAGUUGGAGACACUUUGACUCUGCAGUGUUUUUAUAAAGGCGAAGAUUCAGCAUGGCUUUACUGGUACAAACAAAGUCUGGGUCAGACACCAAAGCUCAUCUCUAUAUUCUAUGCGUAUGAUACAAAAAUCACUUUUCAGGAUGAAUUUAAGGAUAAUCAACGCUUCAGACUCAGCACUGAAAACAGCACCAAUCACUUAAUCAUUUCUGAUUUACGCAUUUCAGACUCAGCGACUUAUUACUGCGCAACCAGCUAUAUGUAUGUCUUAAAUUUUACAGAGGGCAUUUUAGUCUAUGUACAGGGCUCAGGUUUGAAAAUACCAGCCAUGGUCUAUCAGUCAGAAUCUGAGUCCGUCCAGCCUGGAGACUCAGUGACUCUGAACUGUACAGUCCAACCAGGAACCUGUGAAGGAGAACACAGUGUUUUCUGGUUCAAAAACUCUCAAGAGUCUCAUUCACCAGGACUUAUCUACACCAAUAGAGGCAGGAAUAACCAAUGUGAGAAGAAACCAAACACAGGAUCAACAAGGACUUGCGUCUUCAAUCUGCCUCUGAAAAGCCUGAAUCUUUCUCACACUGGGAUCUACUACUGCGCUGUAGCUUCAUGUGGACGGAUACUGUUUGGAAACGGGACCAAGCUGGACUUGGAAUGUGGGUAAUAUUACAGGAGAGCUUCUGUCAUUUGCUGAGUGGCUGUUUAUUGGUGACAGUACAUUCCAAAAAAAUGAAUUAGAAAAACAGGCAAAAACUCUCGACAUUUCUGUUUCCAACUGUUCAUCUCCAUGCAGAUAAGAUAGACCCCUUUGUCUUGGUGUAUAUCCUGAGUGGAGCCCUAACAAUCACCACCAUCCUGGUUGUUUUUCUGUCUUUCACCAUAUACAAGAAAAUCAAGUCAAAUCCCUGCCAAUGCACAGGUAAGUGACAUUCUUCUAAAGCAGACAAAUUGAAGUAUAGAGCUUGGAACAAAGCUGAAUCCUGUGUUUCAUAUUUUAGAGGCUCAACCAAGAUUUUCAGCCCCAGCAGCUGCAGAUUCACAGGUAAAUUUAAAGUCAGCUCAUACUUUGUGGAUACUUUUAAAAUCUUUUGAGGUUUAACUAGUCAGUGUGUGUGUGUGUGUGUUACCAGGGUCGCAGAGACAACCUCCAUUAUGCAGCUUUGAGCGUUCAUCAGCCCAAAAGACCAGGAAGGCAGAGGAGUGACAGAAACACUGACUGUGUGUACUCCAGUGUAAAGCUUUAG